GGAGCGGCUGCCCCGGGACCUCCCUCGGGCCUGCCCCUGCCAGCCAGUCCGGUCCCGCCCCGUGCUGGGGGCGUGGGGAGAAGCGAGGAGAGGAGCCAGGCGUCCGGGCGCAGGGCGCAGCGAGUGCUGCCGGGGCUGCUCGUAGGAGCCUGCUGGCGGGAGAGGGGCGCCCGGAGCCGGCCACGAUGGCGGCGGACAGCGGCCUGGAGCAGCGGGCGCUGCAGUACGAGCAGACCUUGGUGAGUGGGGCGGGCUCCGGGCGGGGGGCUCUGCCUCGGCGCUCAGCCCCGGGAUUUCUUUGCACAGCAGGAGAGGGGAGAGAGUGCCUUUGAGCGCGUGCAGAGCGCCGUUCGCCGCGCGCGGGUUCCCAAGGCUGCCUUCAAGCCAGGACUUUUUCACAGUCAAGUCCUGGGAUUUGGGGGAAGAGGCGGAGGAAAACAGGGCUGCUGUAUUCAGAGGAGGGGAAUCGCGGGACCGGUUUGCAAAAAAAAGAAGAGUGCUUCUGAGCAUGCGGGGAGUGUCGCGUGGCACCUCAAAAGACCACCACAUUAGUGCCGCUUGGUGGAGCGGGCGCUAAGUAGCUUGCGCUCUUGUGCGCUGUUCCCUGGGUGCAAGUCCCAUUGAACUCAGCCGGACUUGCUUCCUCCAAAGAUACGCUUAGGUUUGCACCGUGGAGUUAGCGGCAGGAAUGAGCUGUCUUGUGGAAAGCCAGGCCACUAGCCCAUUCAUGUUCAGUGAUGUCUGCACUGACAGGCAGCUGCUCUUCAAAGGGGUCGUCCCCAGUUCUACCUGUGCGUUGAACCCGGGACGUUCUGCACGCAGAGCAUGUGUUCUGCCACUUAGUUGUUGCCCUCUCUCUCUGAGUUCCCAUCCCUGUUGCUCCAAGCCCGUUCCUACGCAUCUGGGUUUAUGGGACUCAAAGGCAUUCAUGAGCUGCAAAUCAACGCCACCUUCAAAAGACGCGAACAGGAAUGGCAUGGUUGCGGGGCUGCUGGUUCAUGCCCUUGGCUUCCUUCUCAACAGGAUGCUAAAUGUGGGUCAAAAGCCAUUUUCCAAGGGAUUUUAAGGUGGUGGGUACCACCAGGGGUUGGUGCAGAUCAGGGUGGCAAGAGGGACAGAGAAGGCGAUGCUUGGGGGUGUGUGAAUAAGGCCACUUGUGGGUCCCUGGUUAGAGGUGGGUAGCAGGGCACCUUGAACGGGCAUUGCCAAAGGGGAUCUAAAAAGGUAAAGGGACCCCUGACCAUUAGGUCCAGUCGUGGCCGACUCUGGGGCUUCUGCGCUCAUCUCACUUUAUUGGCUGAGGGAGCCGGCGUACAGCUUCUGGGUCAUGUGGCCAGCAUGACUAAGCCGCUUCUGGCAAACCAGAGCAGCACACAGAAACGCCGUUUACCUUCCCGCUGGAGUGGUACCUAUUUAUCUACUUGCACUUCGACGUGCUUUUGAACUGCUAGGUUGGCAGGAGCAGGGACCGAGGAACUGGAGCUCACCCCGUCAAAGGGAUUUGAACCGCUGACCUUCUGAUAAGCAAGCCCUAGGCUCUGUGGUUUAACCCACAGCGCCACCCGCGUCCCUUAAAUGGGAUCUAGCAAUGUACAUUCAAGCCGUCUUAAGAUUGUUGACCAGGACUUGUGUUUAGGGAGGGAGCAUAUGAAUCCUGUUUGGGAUUAAAUAUAUUAAACAAAAUAAGCAAUAAGAUGGAUAUCUCGGUUGGGGGGGAGGCUGGCGUCUUUCCCCUAAUAUCACAGGUGUUGUAUGGGCUUUGGAAAGAGGUCGUUUCAAAUUUGGUCUUGCAGUGUCAUUGCAAACUUUUUUAUUAUUAAAAAAAAAAACAUGCUGCCUGCCUGCCUGCCUCAGUUUGGCUUUAGUUUCCUUCUCAGAAAAGAAUCGUUGUGGUAGAAGGACAUGUGAGACAGGUUAAAAAUAAUAAUUCUGGGGUUUUUUUAAAUAUGGUCUUGUUUUUGUACAUUUUUCAUUAUUAUGAAAACGAUUUUGUUUCGAAAGAAAAAAAAAGAUGGGCAUCACAGGAGCAUGGCAUGACAAGCAGGCAGGGGGAUUUCUCAUCCUGGAAGGAUCAGUUGCAGCCGGCAGAACUUUCUGCAAGAGAGGAGCCUUAGGAACUGGUUUCACAUUGGCAUGGGAAAAAUUGCCCGGAGUAAAGCGUGGUUUUGCCACGGGGAACUGAGGAAGGCAAAGCUGCUGUUGAGUGUAUUGGGGGACAAUUCCUGGGGCAGGGGUGUCCAGGAGAGCUCCCUGUCAGGGACUUGGACAUUUGUUAGUGACAGUUUGGAAAGAGUCAAGACUGUCUGACGCUGGCAGGGGAGGUGGCAGCGCAGUCAUGCAAAGAAAGCUUCAGCUUUUUGUCUCAAGGGAAGGGAGUCUUACUUGAAUACAUGCUAUGAAGAUGACUUGGGUUUGUUUCUUAUUUUAAGGGGGGGAAAUAGAGCACUUAAAAAACCCAAAGGAAUCUACCUCAAACAAUAUAAAACUAAUAACGAAUAAAAACCAGCAAAUAGUAAAAACAACGGUUUGUUUCUAAAUUAUGUGUUUGGAUAGGAUUGCUAUCAGGUUAGCUUCUUCUUGAAGCUGUGGCUUUCACAUCUGCAGCCCUCCAGAUGUUGGGCUCCAACUCCCAUCAGCCCCAGCCAGCUAGCCAAUGAUCCAGGAUGAUGGGAGAUGUAGUCCAGUAAGAUCUGGAGUCUUCGUAGCUUUAUGUACAAAAUCGCUAAUAAUAAUAAUAAUAAUAAUAAUAAUAAUAAUAAUAUAUUUAUACCCUGCCCUUCCUGGUUCAGAAAACUGGGCUCAGGGUGGCUAACAACAGUUUUAAAACACUUAAUGGUGAUACAACAAAAAGCAGCAUAAAAUACAGUAUAAAAGCGUGAAUAACAAUAAAUUCAAAGCUCUAAAAUCAAUUUAGGGGAAAAACCAUCCAAUAAACAUUAGAUGAUCACCAGGACUAGCUGGCUAAAUUAGUCCUAUUUGGGCCAGCAAGGAGGCCAGGAGAGAAUUAGCUGUGGGAUCCCAGAGCAGCUAAUCUUCAUAAAAGGGGAGGGGGAGGGAAGGAAGGGGAAUAAAAGAUCAGGAUAAGUUCAAAUUGAAAGCCAGGCGGAAUAGCUCUGUCUUACAGGCCCUGCGGAAGGAAGUUAAAUCCUGCAGGGCCCUGGUCUCAUGGGACAGAGCUUUCCACCAGGUCGGAGCCAUCACUGAGAAGGCCCUGGCCCUGGUGGAGGAUAGUCUGACUUCCUUAGGGCCCAGGACCUCUAAACUAUGAUUAUUCAUGGACUUUAAGGUCCUCUGCAAGGCAUACCAGGAGAGGCGGUCCCGUAAAUACGAGGGCCCUAAGCAGCUUGUGCUAGAGGCAGCUUGUGAGGAAGGAGACAGAGAGCGUGCUGAAUUUUCAAGGAAGGUCCCUGGGAUAUUGCUGGAAAAGAUGGGCUCCCAACAACCUUUAGAUGACCUAUCCAGGACAGUAGUGAAAUACUACUCCACCUCUGAGAUGAAAAUGAAAACAUUAAAAAAACAAAUUAUUAAAGUGGCCAAACACUUAGGUUAUUCAAAUAACUUCUGCAAACUAUUUUGCAUGAGUUGAGUGGUCCAGAAAAAAUGAUAUACAUCAAUAGGCUUUCCAGAAGAAGGCUUUCUCUGUGGCGGCCCCUAAGUUGCGGAAUUCCCUCCCUACAGAGUGCACCUAGCAAAUGCUGAAUACUUGCCUCUUUGCUCUGGCCUUUGACCCCUGAGACCGGUGUUUUCAGGACUCGCCCUAUUCCUGCAACUGUAAUCUGUUUUAACUGUUUUCAAUCCUGCACUGGCUUUUCCAGGGGGUUGGACUAGAUGACCCUUGGGACCCAUCCAACUCUACAAUUCUGUGAUUCUACAACUGAAUUUUCAGUCGUCGUAACCCACCCUGGGACCUGCUGGUUAAGAGCAAAUUGCUGUUGUUGUUGAUGUGGGGAAUAUUAAAAAAGUUAGUGAUGGGUAGACAUUCAUACUUUCAACUGAACGUCACACUGCCCCAAAUUCUACCACCUCAUUAUGGCUCCUUCUUAGAGCGGCUGUUGAAUCCAUCUUUCCGCUGGGACCAAAACAGAUUCCUGGCAUCUUUUUACAUGGGCCUUGAUCCUCCAGCUGGGGUUCCUCCUUCUGCCGCUGCAUCUGACAUGUGCUGUUGACCACAAACGAAACUUUCCAAAUUGCUUACUGAUCUGCGCGCCCCCCCUGCCCCCUUUCUACUUUCUGCUCCCAUCGCCUUUCCGCCUAAUCUCAUGUUAACACCACUCAAAUGCUUGCCACUGGCACCGGCCCCUGGCUAGACUUAUUUAGCUCCUUUAAUCUUCCCUUGUAGUCGGCUCUCCCAGCUCCGUAAUUGUGUAGCUGUGGGCAUGUCCAAUUUCUUGCUGUCAUGCCUUCAUCCUCUGUUCUUCCAUGUAUCUCACACACACACACACACACACACACACACACACACACAGCCUCAGCAGGGCAUGACGACCGCUGAUUUUGGCUUUUGCAUCUCCGCUCAUUUCCUGGCUUCCACUACUUAUUGCCUAAUAAUCAUUGCCAUCAAGUCAUUGCAGCCAGUUUUCUAUGGGUCCCUUUGAUCAGGUUGUAAAGCUGCCCUUACUUCAGGGCUGCAUGGGGAGCCUGCAUGGUAUACCACAAGGGUGGGGAACCUGUGGCCCACCACAUGAUCGGGGAGGGGCCUUAGCUCAGUUGCAGAAGGUCACAGGUUCAGUUGCUGGCAUCUCCAGGUGAGGCUGGGAAAGGAAUCCUGCCUUGAAGUCCUGAAGUGAUACUGCCAGUCAGUACUUAGCUACCUAGACACGGGUGGUCUAAACCACUGAGCUUAUUGGGCUUGCUGAUUGGAAGGUCACCAGUUCGAAUCCCCACAACAGAGUGAGCUCCCGUUGCUCUGUCCCAGCUCCUGCCAACCUAGCAGUUUGAGAGCACACCAGUGCAAGUAGAUGAAUAGGUACUGUUGCAGUGGGAAGGUAAACAGCAUUUCCAUGCGCUCUGGUUUCCGUCAUGGUGUUCUGUUGCACCAGAAGCGAUUUAGUCAUGCUGGCCACAUGACCCGGAAAAGCUGUCUGUGGACAAACGCCGGCUCCCUUGGCCUGAAAGUGAGGUGAGCGCCGCAACCCCAUAGUCGCCUUUGACCGGACUUAACCAUCCAGGGGUCAUUUACCUUUACCUUUUUACACAGACCAAUGGCCUGACUUGGUAUCAAUGUUAGAAACUCAGAUAUAUAACCUAGGUGCCAAAUGGCUCCUUAAACCAAGGUUACAGUCGCCAAAACGGAAUGUGUAGUUGCAAGACUUAUUUUUCAAACAAUGGACUGACUGUGAUUGAUUCUUAGUUAAAAAUUGGACUGGUUCAUAUGACAACCUUGAGCUAGGUUAAGAGUUUUGAGAACUUAAAGGACAGUCCACAUAUAUAUUGGCCUAUUCUGACCUCUUUUUCUUAAUGGUGACUGCUCCUGCUCAGGCUUCACAGAAAAAGCAUUUUGGUUCCUGAAAUUCAUUCUGAUUGUGCAGAUAAAAUGUAACUGAUAGAAUAAUACAGGAUAGGGUAUUGGUGUGUAAAAACUGUCAGGAUCCAAUGAUCCCCAGGCAUGUACCUCCCGAUGGCACCUAGGAAUCUUCACUUUGUCGCAAAAUGCACCUGGCUAAUUUCAAACACAGUUUGGUAUAAGGGAUCGUCCUCUGCGCUGUCCCAAACGGCUGGACUAUAGUUCCCCUCACCCCUGGCCAUUGGGCAUGUUUGCUAUAGUUGGUGGGAGUUGGAAUUCAGCAUCUGUAGGCUUGCAGGUUUCCCACACCUGGGGUAGUGGUGAGAGUGUUGCGCCAGGGCUGGGGAGGCCCAGGUUCAAAGCUCCAGUCACCCGUGAAGUGCACUGGGUGACUUUGAGCCAGCCAACAACUCUGAGCCUGGUCUGCCUCACAGGAUUUCAGGGAGAGUUGAACCGUGAUACAGUAUACACAACCUUGGAUUUCUGGUUAAAGGCAGCCAAUGAUUGUGAGUCUUGUAGAAAACUGCCUGUUAAAAACUUGUAUUCUGGGAGGAAGGUUAGGCUGAGCACUUGAGUCCAUUCACAGAUGCAAGCUGUUGCUUGACUGGGUGAAUCGGCCUUAGAUACUGGGAAAAGGAGACUUCAGGAACAGAAACAGUUCCUUCAUGCAUCUCAUUUUCUGACUGCUUAAGUUUGGUUCACCCUAUGAAUAGUUGUUGUUUGAUGACUACAUCACCAUCAGGCGACAAACCUGCCAGUGUGUCAAAGCUACAUACGUCUUCCCACGCCACCUGAAAUUCAAGACUUUUCAACCAUCCAUUCAGCUGCCAGAGCCUCAUUCAUAAUCCUUCAGUUACCCUGCACGCUGCAACUUGCAACCAAAUUGACUUCCCUGGGAAGUGUUGCGUAUGAAACAUCACAUGCAGGCGAGUGCUCUGUGGGUGUUGCAUUCUCUGUGAUGACCCUGUCCCAUGGGGAAAUUAAUCACCGGCCUUGUUAGCCUGUUCAGUCAUCUGUCCCUGGUCACAAUGGCCUUUGUCAUAAGGUGUCUGUUACAUACAUAUGUAUGUAUGUAAAAAUGGUAAAGGUAAAUGCAUGUAUAAUAAUAAUAAUAAUAAUAAUAAUAAUAAUAAAAAAAUUUAUUUAUAUCCCGCCCUCCCCAGCUGAAGCCGGGCUCAGAGCAGCUAACAACAAUAAAAGUAACACAGCAUUCUAAAAUCAAUUCAUUCUAAAAUCAAUUCAAAAUCAAAUUAAUGGCAGCCGUUGGGCUAGAGUUCUGUGAGGAUUACCAAAGGAGGGGGUCAGACUGUGCCUUGGCCAAAGGCCUGGUGGAACAGCUCUGUCUUGCAGGCCCUGUGGAAAGAUGUCAAGUCCCGCAGGGCCCUAGUCUCUUGUGACAGAGCGUUCCACCAGAUCGGGGCCAUGGCCGAAAAAGCCUUGGCUCUGGUUGAGGCCAGCCUAACCUCCCUGUGGCCCAGGACCUCCAAGAUGUUUUUGUUUGAGGACCGUAAGGUCCUCCGUGGGACAUACCAGGAGAGGCGGUCCCGUAGGUACGAGGGUCCUAGGCUGUAUAGGGCUUUAAAGGUUAAAACCAGCACCUUAAACCUGAUCCUGUACUCCACCAGGAGCCAGUUCAGUUGGCAUAGCACAGGGUGAAUGUGAUUCCCAUGGCAAGGACCCCAUAGGAGUCUUGCCACGGCAUUCUGCACCUGCUGGAGUUUCUGGGUCAGUCUCAAGGGCAGCCCCAUGUAGAGUGAGUUACAAGAGUAUGCACGCAGAGCCAAGUAUAGAUGCUGUAGACUGCUUUUGCAAUCUUUCUGUUGGCUACCUGAAAGUCUAGAUAUGCAUGUGGAGAAAGUGGGCAGGAAGACAUGGGCAUCCAAUGACUCUGAAUUUUGGCAUCUUAGGACUGGCAAAAGAAAGCAUACCACACAAAACAUACACUAUGCAGUUUGUUUUUGGAUUAUAUGCAUCAAGAAGAUUGUGUUUAUAACCCCUGAGAUUUCAUGGUACUAUCCUAGAAUCGUAGAGUUGGAGGGGACCCCGAGAGUCAUCUAGUCCAACCCCCGGCAAUGCAGGAAUCUCAGCUAAAGCAUCCGUGACAGACGGCCAUUCCAAACUCUGCUUAUGCGUAAAGGUUUUUGGAGUCCCCAGAGAGAAUUUGAAUUGAUAUCUUUAAGCAAAGUGGUUGAUGUGUUGUGAGUUGUGCUUUUUUUAAUGCGUGGCGUGAACAAUGAAAAUCAAUAAAAAUAUUUAAACGAAGACAAAACUAUUCCGUUUACUCCCCCGAGAGUCAGCAGUGGUCACCAGCUUGGAUGGCUCCAAAAAGAGGAUUAGGCAAGUUCGUGGACUGUCAUGGGCUGCUAGCCCUGCUGGCAAUGUCAUGCCUCCACUGUCAGAGGAAAUGUGCCUCUGAAUGCCAGUUCCUGGGAGUCACAAGUUGGGAUACUGCUGUGGCGCCCAGAUUCUGCUUGCGGGUUCCCACAGGCAUCUGGUUGGCCACUGUGAGAGGAGAAUGCUGAGCUAAUGGUCAUUUGGCCUGAUCUAGCAGAUCUCGUCUUAUGAAACCUUGUUUAACUGAAACUUCUGGAACCGAGGAGCUGCAGAAGGGAGGCAAAAGUCCGGGGUCCUGAUCCAGGUCUGCGAAAAUCUCUCUUUAAACUUGUUGCAUAGUCUCUGUUUGCUGUUCCUGAAGGUCUAAAGCUAGGGAAGUGUUUCAGAUUCUUAGAAUCUGCGGAGGUACUUACUGAUAAAAAUGUACCUGUCUAGGCCAAAGUCUGUGAUGGAGAAGAAAAAGUUCAGCCUGCGUCUGUUGUCUUUUCCUAGGAAAGAUGGUCAGAAACAAUGGUUGAAGUGCCACUUCAGAAACAUAGGAAUCUUCCUUAUACAUUGCUCCAUCUAGCACAUUGUUUUCCAAACUUGGGUCUCUAGCUGUUUUUGGACUACAACUCCCAUCAUCCUUAGCUAGCAGGACCAGUGGUCAGGGAUGAUGGGAAUUGUAGUUCCAAAACAGCUGGAGCCCAGGUUUGGGAAACGCUGAUCUAGCUCAGUAAUGCCUGCACUGACUGACAGCAGCUCUCCGAAGGUUUCAGAUGGGGAACACUCCCAGGGACCUUCUGCAGCCAAGGCAGAUGCUCUGCUACUGAGUUCAAGCCCUUCCCUAAAUAUUCUUUCUCUCCUCCCUCUGGCCUCGCCUGUGUUCCUCUUGCAUUUCUUACAAAGUUGUGAGCUGACAACGGUGCCACUUCCAGCCUUCUGGGGAAAACAGAGUCUCCGGCAAUAUCACACUUGCACCAUUCAGGAUUGUGUAACUGGAGAGGAGUCGUAGCUCAGGGGUAGAGCAUCUGAUCUGAGUUCCUUUCCUGGUAUCUCCAGGUGAAGAGCAGAGGCAGUGGCUUGCAUUGGGGUAGGGGGUUGUGGGGGGAGAAUCCCCCUUGAGAGAGUCACUGCCAGCCGCAGCCCCAGGUUGGAUGAACAAAUGGUUUGUCUCUGUGUAGGACAGCUUCAUCUGUUUAUGUUCCUUGGCCUCUGCGGUUAUGUUCCCAAAAACCCAGGGCAUUUGUGGUUGGGCACCUGAUUUCACAUUAGGUGGAUCUCAGCCAGGGAUGAAACUGGAGUCUCUCUUUUGCCAGAACUCUUGCAGUGCUGUCACAGAAGCAAGAAGGAAUCUCAGGGCAGAUUAAAGACUUAACAGAUUGAUCGCGGCAUAGGUUUUUGUGGGACCAGAUGUUUAAGGGGUUGUAUACACACCUCUGUACAUUUGCAAGCCAAUCUCAGCCCAUCAGCCAUUCCCACCACCCUUCUGAGUAAUACCCCUCCCCACCCUCCCACUAUAUAUAAGGGUCUGGUGACUUCUGUUUCAGUGUAUCUGAAGAAGUGUGCAUGCACACGAAAGCUCAUACCAAUAACAAAUGUAGUUGGUCUCUAAGGUGCUACUGGAAGGAAUCUUUUUAUUUUGCUUGAUCUACUACAGAUCACCUUGAGAUGUGCCAGAACAGAUCUUGAUUUCCAUUUUGCCCAUCCCUGUUAUAAAUAUAUUCCUUAUGAAACACUCCAUCUUUCCAAGAAUUUCCAUUGCCUUUUGCAAUAUCUCCUAUCUGUCUAUCUGUCUUGUAUCUGCUUGUAAUAUGAUGGAAUCACCUUUCCUGUCUGGGGUUCUUGGCAGACAAAGAUAUUGGGAAAUGGAACUGUUGCUUAGAUGGCUGCGGGCGACACAUUUUGCCAGCUGUUGUGAAACUUCUUUCUCUCUCCCUCUCUGAUCUGCCCCUGCUGCCCAGUGUCUGGAUUUGCAACCUCUGCAGUUGCCUCUCUCCUGUCCAUCAGUCAUUGUGUCUGGCUUUGGAAAACUUCAAAGGGGACUAGCGGAUAGGCAUUUGUGAUGGUUAUCUAGACAGGGCUGGGGAAAGGAGACCACAUACUGCCCAAUGUGUUCCCCGUCCCACACUAGUCUGUCUUGCAGAGAUGAUGCCUUGAUGGAGCUUGAUCAAGCUGGUUUGAGCAGAGAGCCAGUGGGAACUGAUCUCCCUGCCCCUCGCCCCACUUCCUUGCUCCUUUGUAGUCAAUUGGAUGCAUCCUAUUUUCCCAGGGGGGUGGCUGGUGGACAAAUAGCUCAGUGUGAGAACAGGCUUCUUUGAUUCUUUGAACAUUUAUGAUUAUGCACGUGCAUGCGAUAAAUCAAGGCAGCUCACAUCAUAAAAUACAACAAAAUCAAUUUGUAAAUAUCUAUAAAGCAUAAUUGAAAACAGCAAACAAACAGCAAUAAGUCGUGGUUGGCUAAAAGGAGAAAUCCAUAUUGUGAAGGCAAUAUGUAUUGUCUAAAAAGUACAGCUUUCAAGAAGCACCCAAAAGAAGGCAGGGACAGUUCCUGGUGAAUCUCCAAAGGUAGGAUUGAGGUUGAAUCCUGACAAGGCAGAGGUACUGUUUGGGCGGACAGGGGGAGGGCAGAUGUGGGGGAUUCCCUGUUCCCGAAUGGGGCAACUGUGCCCCUGAAGGACCAGGUGCACAGCCUGGGAGUCAUUCUGGGCUCACAGCUAUCCAUGGAGGUGCAGGUCACGACGGCUGAGACCCUACCUGCCAGCACAAUGUCUCAUCAGAGUGGUCCAUGCACUGGUCAUCUCCCACUUGGACUACUGCAAUGCGCUCUACGAAGGUGACUCGGAAACUACAACUGAUCCAGAAUGCAGCUGCCAGACUGGUGACUGGGAGUGGCUGCCGGGACCAUAUAACACCCGUCAUAAAGGAUCUUCACUGGCUCCCAAAACAUUUCUGAGCAUAAUUCAAAGUGUUGGUGCUGACCUUUAAAGCCCUAAAUGGCAUCUCCACCCCCAUCAUUUAUCCCAGACAUUGAGAUCCUGCUCCGAGGGCCUUCUGACGGUUCCAUCGCUGCGACAAGUGAGGUUACAGGGACCCAGGCAGAGGGCCUUCUCGGUAGUAGCACCCUGCCUGUGGAACGCCCUCCCAUCAGAUGUCAAGGAAAUAAACAACUAUCUGACUUUCGGAAGACAUCUGAAAGCAGCCCUAUAUAGAUAAGUUUUUAAUGUUUGAUUUUUUUAUAUUGUGCUGGUAGCUGCCCAGAAUGGCUGGGGCAACUCAGUCAGGUGGGCAGCAUAUAAAUAAUAAAAUUACUAUUAUUAUUAUUAGUAGUAGUAGUAGUAGUAGUAGUAGUGGUAGUAGUAGUAUUAAUAGAGAGUUAAUUCACAGGGCAGAGCCUGCAACGCUGAUAUGUAUCUAAAUCCUGGAGGGCUCCUAUGUUCAGAGGCCUCUGAAUUCUCCUUGCUGGAAAUGGCAGGAGGAGACAGUGCUCUUUCACAAAAGUCUUAAUUGUCCAGGAUGCUGGACUAGAUGAGGCCUUCGCCUCAUCCAGCAGGAUCCUCUUACGUCCUUAAGAUUUCUUGUUGUUUCACGCCUUAAGAGAUGCCGUUCCCUUCCUUUAGAGGCACAGUUUCGAAAAGCGUAUUUACACUCUCACUGAGUAACUAGCUAUUAAAAAGCCAGGCAUUUAAUCAAUUAGAAAUUUGUCAAGUGGCAGAUAGCCCUGAUAUUUACAAGUAAGUUUGUUUUUUAAACCAUUGUAACCUGACCUUUGGAUGGGCUGGAACACAUUGGAAUACAUCAACGCGCUCUUUGCAAGCUCCAGAUGGGGACUGUGUUGCUGUUGUUGCCGUGGGGAGCAGCUUAAAAGAACUUUUGGCCAAUAUCUGGAUGUAGGGUGGGGAGAAGAGAAAGUGGACGAAGUGUUCAAUACUAGGAGCGUCCUUGGAAGUUGGGGCUCAGUUUGGAAGCUCCCCUGCCUUUACUCUCCUGGCCCUCGUGUAACAUGAAAGUAUAUACUUCAUAUACUUCCAGCCAUAAUCUUGCGCCAAUGGGACAGCUUGGUUGGAGACAAUCCUAAAUAAAGAAAUGCACGUGCUGCCUUUUUUUGUUGAGAAGGAUAAAGAAAACCCUAAUCGACAGGCCCUCUCUCCCUUUCUAACCACAAGCUUCAGUUCCCUUGUUUUGUGCAGUGUUUGCUUUUCUGAGCUGGGGGCUCUCCUCUCUCCUUCUUUCUCCCCUCCCCGCUUCCUUCACCCACCCCGCAAAAGUUUGCCCGACUCUCUUUGGCCAUUCCAGUUUUGCCUCUAGCUGACCUUGAUCUUUCCCCUGGUGGCUGCCUUAUCGCCAGCGAGCUAUCUGCCGCCUAAUCCCAUUUUAUGACGGGCUUUUAUGCUCUCCCUAGUCAAUACACUUGCCCCAAUUGCUAGCGCAAACGUUGCACAACUUUUUCCAGGGAAUGGUGAUACGGAGUUCUCUUCCUCUCUCUCCUCUGUCCCUGCAGCUCAACUUCUCCUGCCUUGCUUCCUGUCCACAGAGUUAGAGCUGGAAGUCAUGGGUGUAGUCAAGGUGGGCAUCUGCCCCCCCAACCAGUAAAACAAUAGAAAUACUUAACUAACUGACCAGUCACAUCGGUUGAUGGAUCCGUGGUCUGGCUCCGUGUAAAGGCAGGAUCCCCUUUUCCUGUGAGGCAGAGUGGCAAAACAGCGGCUAUCUAAUACUGAGUGCAGGGCAUUUUGCAACACCUGCCCUCAUUUCAAGGAUUGUGUGCUGCUCAACACUCCCUUUCCCCAGUCUGGUGCCUUCCAGAUGUUCAUAGAAUCAUAGAGUAGCGUCGUCUAGUUCAACCCCUCGCAAUGCAGGAAUCUUUUGCCCAACGUGGGGCUUGAACCCAUGAACCUGAGUCUCACCCUCUGCUGGCUGAGCCCUGCCAGCAGUAGUUGGGGCGAAUGGGAAUCAUAGCACAAAAUGUCUGGAGGGAAGCAGGUUUGGGAAGGCUGCCUUAAGGUUUUGCUCUGCCCUGACUUUUGCCAUAGCGUACCUUCCUACAUUCAUUCCUUCUCUCUCUCUCUCUCUCCCCGUCCCUCCCCUCCCCCAACAGUGUUUAAUAUAGAGUGGUACCUUGGGUUAAGUACUUAAUUCGUUCCAGAGGUCCGUUCUUAACCUGAAACUGUUCUUAACCUGAAGCAAAGUUCUUAACCCGAGGUACUACUUCUGGGUUAGCGGAGUCUGUAACCUGAAGCAUCUGUAACCUGAAGCAUAUGUAACGUGAGGUACCGUUAUACUGAUUUAUCUCCCAGUGCAGCCAGCUGUGCUUAUUGCAGAAUAGCUGCAACUCCAACCAUACUCCGCAGUACAGUGGUACCUCGGGUUACAUACGCUUCAGGUUGCAUACGAUUCAGGUUACAGACUCCGCUAACCCAGAAAUACUACCUCGGGUUAAGAACUUUGCUUCAGGAUGAGAACAGAAAUUGUGCUCCAGCAGCAUGGCGGCAGCCGGAGGCCCCAUUAGCUAAAGUGGUGCUUCAGGUUAAGAACAGUUUCAGGUUAAGAACGGACCUCUAGAACGAAUUAAGUUCUUAACUCGAGGUACCACUGUACUUAUUUGCUAACUGGAUUGGAUGUUUUUCUGGGGGUAGAGGGGAAUGGAAUAGAAGCAGGGAUCUAUUUUAUUCUUUUGUUGUUCUUCAUAUGCAUGCUUAGGCACAAGAGGGUCAGGAAGCACUUUACAUCAGCAUUCUCAAAUGCAUAGGGUGGGGUGGGGGGAAUGAAGUAUAAAUGAUGAUGGUGGUGAUUAUUUUAUUUAUUUGUAUAGCGUCCUUCGUCCGAAGAGCUCAGGGAAGAUCACAGCAUAAAAAUACAAGAUAAAAACACAAGAUACAUAAUAAAAAGAGGAACAAAAACAAAACAAAGCAAUAACUCCCCUCUUCUUUCUGCACCUGUGUACACAUACAAACUAAUUUUUGCAAUGGCAACUGGAUAGUUCUCCCUAUAAUGUAGGGCUGUGUAAACUGGGGGCCUCUAAAUGUUUCUGAACUCCCAACUCCCAUCACCCCAGGCCUUUGGCUGUGCUUGCUGAGGCUGAUGGGAAUUGUAGUCCAAUAAACCUGGAGGAUGCCGUGUUGGCUAUCCCAGGGACAGUGAGUUAGAAAACAGGCAUUCCCUCUGCCAAAUAGGGAUUGUUGGUGUGUAUGGCCAUCAAAGCACUAAGUAGCCCGAUCCUGGGCAUGUUUGGGGGUUUCUGCCUUCAGUUUGCAAAGCCUGCGUGGCUGUGAUCAGCUUUCAUGGCAACCUACAUUCAAGGGAGACAAACGGAUCUGUUCUUUUAGCUGCUGUUCAUUUUGUUAAGAAGAGAACAAGGGACGGAUAGUCUGACAGCAACUUGGGGUCAAAGUAGGCUUGACCCUUACUUACGUGGGUGCCAUUAGCAUAUCUGUUUUUACCGUUUCUGUAAGCAAAAGCUCUUGUUGUUGUUGUUGUCUAAAGCAGUUCCAGUAAGUGGGACCUGCAACAAAUGCGGCGUAGACAGCUCCUGUUCACUGUUCCAGCCGCACAGCCCAUGCCCGCCUCCAGGAAACUCCAUUUCAUCCCUCCUCCCUCCCAUCUGGUUUUCCAUUCCCUGCCCGAACAGCCAGUCUGCAUUCCUCAGAACACUGAGCAUGCUCAUAUAUUUAUUUAUUGUACUUCUGCAAGUCUUGGGGUUCCCUUCCCUGCAAAGUGCUGACAUCUCCCUCUUGUAUUACUGCUUUGGAUCCACAAGUGUUGCUGCUUGCAGCAGAAAGGAAAGAGAGCAAUUACGCUGUGCCAUCGAUGCACCUUAGAUUUUGCAGCAUGUGAACAGGUCCUUUCUCCUCCUAAAGAGGUAGAAUCAAUCCUAGAAUUGUAGAGUUGGAAGGGACCAUGAGGGUCAUCUAGUCAAACCCGCUGCAAUGCAGGACUCUUUCCCCUAACGUGGGGCUCAAACCCAUGACCCCAAGAUUGAGAAUCUCAUGCUCUACCAACUAAGCUGCCAUCAGAUCUUGCAGUCUAUGGCAAAGGAAGGGGAGCUGGGGCUGUGGGAGCAAACAGGGAAAGAAAAUGAGUAUUUCAGUUGCCAAAGGCUUUAUGGGAAAAGUGAGGGGGUUUUUUGGGGGGUGGAGGAAGGAUCUGUAGGAAUAAGAGUGAAACCCAUGGGUUUGCACAUUUUGCAGCAUAAUAAUAAUAAUAAUAAUAAUAAUAAUAAUAUCCCGCCCAUCUGACUGGGUUUCCCCAGUCACUCUGGGCGGCUCCCAACAGAAUAAUAAUAAUAAUAAUAAUAAUAAAGCAAUAAAACAUCAAACAUUAAAAUCUUCCCUAAGCAGGGCUGCCUUCAGAUGUCUUCUAAAAGUCAAAUAGUUGUUUAUUUCCUUGACAUCUGAUGGUUUGUGGGUCUUGCUGCCUUCCCAUUAGCCAUAGCCAGCUGGAGUCCAAAGUGUCUGGAGGGCACUGGGGGAGGGCAGGGGGCAAGGGCUGAAAUCUUUUUUUGUCCACAAACGCACUUGGUGGCCAUAGGCAAGGCGCUAUCUCUCAGCCUUGGCUUUUCCUCCCCUCCCCCCCCCAAUCCCCCGGCAAUAAGGGAUUGAUAAUAAUCCUGAAUGGUUGCAAAGAUUACUGAGAUAAAAUAUGUGUGAAUCACUCUGAACCUUCUAAAGCAUAAUAUGAGAAUGAUUGGUGCUAUCUAUCCAGGACGUUUCAUGCCAAUUCCUUUGCCAGCAAUUUUUACACGGUGCAGAUAAAGAAGUCUGUGUUGGACGUUCUGAGAAUCAAACGCUGCAUGUGGUGUAGUGGACUGUGGCCAGCAAUGCAGUGCCUUUGCAGUUUCCUUCUGACUUGCCUGCUUAUUUGGGGUUCCAAUCCACACGUUCAUCACUGAUGGCUGGCCUUGGUAGCCCAGCUAAAAAUCAUGGUUGCCAGGCCCCUGUAGUGGUCUCUGACCUGUUAGCACCUCCUCAUACUGAAUUCAAGGUACAAGAAUGGAGAUUCUGACCCAACAUCAGGAAGAACUUCUCGACACUGAGAGCUGUUUGACAGUGGAACAGACUCCCAGUAGAGGCGGUGGACUCUCCUUCCUUUUAGGUUUGCAAGCAGAGUCUGGAUGACCAUCCGCAGUGGAUGCUUUAGUUGAGUUUCCUGCAUUGCAGGGGGCUGGACUAGAUGACCCUUGGUGGUCCCUUCCAACUCUACAAGUCCAUGAUUCUGUUACUGCCAGCCUCUGAACCUGGAGGUUCCAUUCCAUUCCAUACAUUCAUUUAUUACAUUUCUGGCCUGCCAUUCUUCCAGAGAGCAAAUGAAUGUGUGCAAGGUCUUUCAACCUUCUCCUUUUCUUUAUCACAACAACCCUGUGGGGUUGGCCAGGUUGAAGAUUGAUGACUACUGGCCUAAGGCAGAUUUUUGAGCUUCAUGGCCCAGCAGGGUGGAUUUGAACCUGUGUCUCCCCAGUCUGACACGACUAGUGGCCACUGAGAGACCUCUUCCAUCCAUUUGUCUAACCUCGUUUCAAAACUUUCUGAGCUACUGGCACAUCACCAUAAUUUAUGGAAGUGAAUUACAUAAAACAGUUGGGAAGAAUUCUCAACGACGGAUAUAGAGAAACACAGAGGGGACUCCUCUUGGGUGGGGGGUACAAGCUUUAACAUUUGGAAGAGUUUGCAUUUAUAACAGCAGCAGACAGACUUCAGGCUUGUAGGAUCUACAACCAGAUCCAGGUGUAAAAGACACAUUUUGAACUAAAAAAUAAAUAAAAAUCUCUGAGCAGCUGCUGAGCCCAGGGGGGCCUCAUCCACACUGUCACAAUUUGGGCAUGACAUUCAACCACAUGCCGAAAAAUUCAGGUUUGCAGAAUUGAAGUUGGUUAGUGCUCUUAUGCAACAAUUGGACUUCUUGCUAUAAGAGAAAAUGCACUGAAAAGCGUGGGAAAAGAAUGGCUUGGGACAACGCUCUAUAAUCUGCCCGCAAAGAAAUCAGGACGAAUGUUCAGUAAAUAACCAAUGUGGUUUAAGCUCCCUGCAAACUUUGCGCAAAAAAAUAAACAAAAAUCUGGGUGAAAGCUCGAGCGAUGGGUUAUCUGAGAGGGGUUUGUUUUGAGUGCCAGAAUGGAGCUGAGCUCAGAAUCCUUCCACACAUAGAUCCUAUGUCUGGUCCCCCUCAAGGGUUAUUCCUUUUAUCAGCUUAAUUCUGGAGUGGGGAAGAGUCCUAUUGUUGUUAAUACCGUUAAACAGAGGCAAUGUGGAAAGCCAUGCUGAUCUACUGCAAAAUCACCCACAGUCUACCAGCUGAUUCCAUUCUGUCUUCUGCCCACCCCUGAUUUGGAACAUUCAAAGCUGAUGGCCAAACCAUGGCAGAAGAUCUGCAUUGUGGGUCUCCUGGUUUUCUGUUUCUGUGAUAGUGGUAACAUCUCUGCUGCCAUUUUCCCAGUCUAAGUGCCUUCUUUCCCCAACCCCAAGCUACUACUUGCCCUGAAUCUGUUGUCUGGUAUCUUCCUGAAGCAGUGCCUAUGAAUCCACUUAUCAGAAAUUUAGCACAUGCUGUCAUCCAGUGCAGGAAUGUUGCUUCCUGUCCUUGGUGACCAAGGUUUGUUACGAAUCAAGUUGGCUCCCAGUGCAUAGCGUAGCCUUGGGCCUUUCUUUGCCCCGGGGUCUGUUUCUUGGUCACUCCAGAGGUCCCUGUGGAAUGCUGGGAAUGGGCUUUCCUUGUACUACUCAGGUGAAGGGGCAAUGAUGGCUGGCUCUCCUGGCAUCACUGUAUGCCAAGCAACCAUUGAGCAUGGACAUUCAUAUACUUCCACACUUUAUUGAGCCAUCUGCACUUGAGGGUCCAGAGGGGCCCUGUUUGCUGGGGCUGACGGGAGUUGUUGCUGGCACCCGUCUGUCUUGGGAGACAAUGCAGGAGUGCGCCUUUUGCAGGUGAAGUCAAACUGUUGAUGGUUACAGUGCCUGCUGUGGCUGUAGAGACCGAUACAGGAGAGACAUGUUUUGUUGCAGCUGGGGCAAAGGAAGGUGCCUGAUUGUACUACUGCAGAUGCACCAUGGCGUUUCGUUCUGAUACAGCACAAGUGGAAGGCAUUGAGCCGUCCUUCCUGGCAGUUGGCAGUUGCCCAUGACUCACUUCCAUAAAACAGUAGUAGUCUGCAACAUCUGGAAGACCAGAGUUCCGCAGAUCUGGUCUACACUGGCUAGGGGUUGCUCUCCAGAUUUCAGAGAAGGAACACGCCCAGUCCCACCUGGUCAUGAUGAGGAUUGACCUUACAAAGCUGGUGGUCUGCGGCUGAGCUGCCCUCCUUCCUUCUGUGUGUGUGAUAGCCAUCUUCACAUAUCUUAAGGACUGUUACAUGGAAAAGGGAACAUGCUUGUUUUCUCCUGCUCUGGAGAGUUGGACUUGAGGCAAUGGCUUCAUGUUACAAGAAAGGAGAUUCCGACUAAACUUCAGGAAAAACUUUCUGACAGUAAGAGCUGUUCAACAGUGGAGCUGAUUCCCACAAGAGGUGGUGGACACUCCUUCCUUAGAGGUUUUUAAGCAGAGGUUGGAUGGCCAUCUGUCAUGGAUGCUGUAGCUGAUAUUCCUGCAUUGCAGGGGAUUGGAUGAGAUGAUUCUAUAUAUCAGCUUCCCUCUAGCAGAUGUCCAAGCUCAACAAUCCCUUCAUGUGUUAAGAAAUCUACCUUCAGUUGAGCAGGGCUCCAUGCAUUGAUGGGGCUGUGCCUCUAGACCCUCUCCUGACAUCACAACUAGCCCAGGCCCCAGGAUGGAGAUAGUGAUGAUCAUAGAAUCAUAGAAUAAGUGCAAGAAUCUCAGCUAAACCAUCCAUGGCAGAUGGCCAUCCAACCUCUGCUUAAAAACCUCCAAGGAAGGGAGUCGGUUCCACUGUCAAACAGCCCUUACUCUCAGAAAGUUCUUCCUGAUGUUUAGUCAGAAUCUCCUUUCUUGUAACUUGGAAUCCAUUGGUCCAGGUCCUAUCCUCCGGAGCAGGAGAAAACAAGUUUCCUUCACUUUCCAUGUGAUGAUGUUAGGAGCAGUGUUAGUGAAGUGGUCCCACAGCUCUGUCAGUAAAUGGAACGCCUCUCCAUUGAAUAAGUGACAUGAUUAGAGUCUGCUGGAUCAGGCCAGCUGUCCAUCAGUCCAGCAUCCUGUUCUCACAGUGGCCAGCAGGAUGCCUGUGGGAAACCCACAAGCAGGACCCAGGGGCAAGAGCACUCUCCCCUCCUGCCUCCAGCUAGUAGCCAUUGAUAACCUUACCAUCUAUGAAUUUGCCCAGUCCUCUUUUAAAGCCAUCCAAGUUGGUGGCCGUCACAGUCUCCUGCGGCAGCGAGUUCCACAGAUAAACUAUGUGCUGUGUGAACCAAUGCAAGAAUUCCAUAAUGGGGAAUUAAUAUUAUUAUCCCUGUGUAGCAGAUGGCUCUUUGUGGGUGGGUGCCCGCACACUGAGUUUGAACACUUAUCUUGCCACUUAGAAAGUUUGUGUCGCGGGAGAGAUUCAAACCAAGGAUGUGCUUCUUUGUACUGUUCCUUCUCUGGACGUCUCGUCCUGUUCCAGCGUCUGCCUGAGACUCUAUGAGUGAAGCCUUUGUGUGAUGGCCCACAAAAAUGGGGCCAAUUGCUAAAGCGACAUAAAACCAUGCUGUACCUAAAGACAGCUUAAUUCUUGGCAGAGUUGGAAACAUGAAAAAGCUCCAGUUAUUUUAAGAUCUGUCAAGAAUUUGAUUUGCAUAUUGUCUCCCUGAAUCUGAGUGAUGCGAAGAUGCAAUUGAUGGACACUGUGGUGGCUGCUUACCAUUCGCUUAGCACUGUGUGCUUGGGGACAGAGGCCUCGCUCUGGACUCCUGUUUGGAAAGUAAUGAUUAUUGGUUAACUUUUUAUCCUGCUCUUCCUCUAGUCAAGGUAGCAUGCUUGGUGUCUCUGUGUGUUUUCACCACAGCCCUAGUGAUAGGAAAGAUAGAUAGAUAGAUAGAUAGAUAGAUGAUAGAUAGAUAGAUAGAUAGAUAGAUAGAUAGAUAGGAAGAAGAGGUUUGCUUAAGGGUGCUGGGAACUGUAUCUUUCCAAAGGAAUGAAACGGGUGCAUUGAAUGCAUUUGCGGUCUUGACAUGACUCUGCAGCCCAGUCCUGAGUUGUACCCCUUAGGAAACCUCCCAGAGUCCUUUGCAGUGUGACAGGGUUUCAUGGCUGGCAGGCAGGUUUGCCGGCGAGUCACUUUGGCACGGGAACUCCGCCAUGAGAAGCAAAAGUUGUGUUUGUCGGGGGAAACCGCCGGCUUCUAUGCGGAGAAAAUGCUUCCGAGCAGAAUUGCCUCCACCUUAGCCGUCCCUGGGCCCAGCAGGGCAGAGGGUCCUUUGGGAUUAAACUUCACAAGCUCCCGUUGUUCCGCGUGCAGCCGAUCGGGACUGAUUAGAGCGGCCUGGGAGAGAUUUGCUGAAUAAAUUCAGCAUGACACAGAUUUUCAGCCGCUGUUCCCUUUGUAUCCAGCUCUCUUGGCACUCUGUGGCAGGGGCAGACCAGGAAAUUGUGCCAGAGAGAAUAAAGGCUGGCAGGUUUUCUCUUCUUUCUUUCUUUCUUUCUUUCUUUCUUUCUUUCUUUCUUUCUUUCUUUCUUUCUUUCACAGUGAGCGGUUGAAUCUAGCGACAUGGAAAGAGGGCAGCCACCUUCCCCUCAACGUUCCUGAACAUUAUAUCUUUUUGAAACCGAGCUUGCUGACGAUUCAAUCCACAAUUGAGCCUCUUCAACUCUGCCCUCCUCCUGGGCUGGAAUUGUCUCUGGAGUAUUCUGAAUCUUUCUUCUUAGCAUUAGAGUUCCUUUACCUAAGUGUCACGUUGUGGGGUGGCGGGGAGAGAGGAAAGGAAGUUUUCCUCCAUCUCACAACAUUAGACCUCACAGACAGAAGCUGAACAUUGAAAUAAGAUUGAGUGCAGGCAAAAGAAUGUACUUUUUUGCACAGUGCAUAGCUGAACUGUGAAAUUCGCACCCAGAAGAUGUAAUGACGACCACCAAGUUGAAUAGGUUUUGUUUUUGUUUUGUUGUAAAGGAUUCGUUUGUGGGGGGGGGGGGGAGAGGCAGGCACUCCUGUGGCUUCAGUGGCUUGCCUGCCCUGGGCACUGGCAACCCACGCUACACUGCUGCCAUGUUAGGCGCAUUUGAGCUACUUGUAGAGGUUCUACGCAGCAUUAAAUGCCCACAGCCACCCAUUAUCCGACAGAGGGAGUAAAGGUGCACCAGGAUUCCUUGUCUCAGGCUGGGCUUCAGCCCACAAAAGUGGAGGGAUCCUGGAAGCAUCGCAGUCUCCCAGAAAUCAUGGGACAAUUUGAUGUGUCGGAUAGUGGGACACAAAGAAAUUACUCACUUCAUUUUACUGACAGCAUUUCUUCACCACCUGUUCUUAACAGCAGCACAAAUUUCUUGGCAGUCCACAGAUAAGAGGUUAAAACCAUGAACUGUGAAAGCAGAAUGUCAAAUCAUAACACAACAAUUAAAACAGGUGAUCUGCAAUCAGAAUAAAACCAGCAGCAGGGAAAAUAGCCAUGGGUGACGCUCAGCUAAACAGUUCUGCUAGUACAAGAACUUUUAGCUAUGAAGUGGAAAUUCAUUGCCCUGUCCUCUCUCCGCAUGCCCCCCGACACGACUCCUAAAUGUGCUCCAGAGGGUGGAAGAAACUGCACAGCUAAAAGUUAUUGUGCUAGCAGAACUGUUUUAGCUGCAUGCUGCCCAGGAAUGAUAACUGAUCUUGUGAGUCUGGGAAGACGAAAAGGUCUUUACCUGGCAGCCAAUGUAGGUGCAAGAAAUACAAGAGAAAUGGACAUAAUAUUGACUAAGUAUGCUUUCAGUCUUAAAUCUAGAACAAACUUUACCAUUGUUACCUAAACAAUGAGCAGGCAGGAAUUCCAAAAAUGCGGAGCACGGCCUCUCUAUGUACCCUUGAAGCCUUUGAGUUCUAUGGAUGUAGCUGUUUUCAGGGUGUGUCAUGAUCUCGCUGUUAAUUUUUGUGCAUUGUUCCAAAGGCAAAGGGAGCCCCAGGGCAAUUUCAGUUGGUUUUCCACCCAGGUGGAUUUCCAUCGCACACUGGCAAAUUCAGAUUGUGGUGUUAUAGUUGGUCUGGGGGUCUUGUGCAACAAACCUGCUUCCACAGAAGAUAAAGAAGGGUGCCAGGAAAAUGCAGAGGAAAGUGUGGCAUAACACUUGCUUUGAUGCAAUGUCAUCUAAAAUCUCUGCAAACAAAUCACAAUAAGUGCUCAUUAAAUAGCCCACGUCAUCUAAUCCCUCUGCAAAUAAACCAGAGUCUUCAAUAAGCAGGUUGAUGGCAUUCCCAGAUAACCAUCAUUUUCUGAUGUGAUUGAGUCACAUACUGGCAAAUUCAGGUUGCAUAAAUAAAACUCUUGCAAGAAACUCAUUUCCUCCCCAAACUGGGCUUUUUCUUUUUUUGCAGUAAGGGGCAGAAAAUGCACUGGAUAGUUCUGGAUGCAAUAUCAUAUGACCUGCAGACAAAUCAGAGUGAAGGUUCGGUAAAUGGUCAUUCCCCUUCCUGCCCACCAGUGUGAAAACCAAUCAAGGGGGUUGCUCAGCAAACAGGGUCAUCUGGAAGUGACUCCAGAAAAAUAAUCUUUUCAUUAGAGGGUGUUUGAUGACAAAUCAGUACACAGGUAGUGAAGCAGUAUAUAUAAUUCCUGUGGAAAUUGGGUGCAUGCAGGAGAUGUUUUGGCAAGUAGCAGUUGGAAGCGGCACAUAAUAAGGCCUGCAAGUCCUUUUUUAGGGAAGGUGUAUGGCAGGACAGAAUCCCAAACCAAUUAAUGUAUGUCAAGACAGGGAGAUGAGGGCACAGCCAGCCUUGCCUGGGGCUGCGGGGCUGGGCUGGUGGUCCUCCGUGGGGCUGCUGCACAGGGAGCAAUGACUUGUUCUGCAAGGGACAGGGAAGAGCCCAGUGGGUGCGGGGAGAAACACCAGUCUGGAAGGACCCAGUUCUAUCACUUCCUCCUUCAGGGUUCCCCUCCUCGACAUUUGUAACGAUGCCCACAUGAUGGAUGUGCUCACAACUCUGCAAUCUGUGAGUCAGCAGUGUGAUGCAGCAGCAAAAAAAGCUAACUCUAUUCUAGGCUGUAUCAACAGAAUUUUAAUGUCCUGAUCAAGGGAAGUCAUGGUAUCACUCUGUUCUGCCUUGGUCAGACCACACCUGGAAUGCUGUGUCCAACUCUGGGCGCCACAAUUUAAGAAGGAUGCUGACAAGCUGGAAGGUGUGCAGAGGAGGGCGGCCAAAAUGAUCAAGGGCCUGGAAACCAAGCCUUAUGAGGAACGGUUGAAGGAGCUGGAUAUGUUUAGCUUGGAGAAGAGGGGAGAGAGAGGAGGUAGGAUAGCCAUCUUCAAAUAUCUCCAGGGCUGUCACAUGAAAGAUGGAGCAAGCUUGUUCUCUCUUGCUCUGGAGGGGAAGACCCCAACCAAUGCCUUCAAUUUAUGAGAAAGGAGAUUCCAGCUAAACACCAGGAAAACCUUUCUGACAGUAAGAGCUGUUCUGCAGUGGAACGGACUCCCAUGAGAGGUGGUGGACUCUCCUUCCUUGGAGGUUUUUAAGCAGAGGUUGGAUGGCCAUCUGUCAUGGAUGCUUUAGUUGAGAUCCCUGCAUUGCAGGGGGUUGGACUAGAUAACCCUCGGGUCCCUUCCAACUCUGCAAUUCUGUGAUUCAUGAUGUGCAAAAUUCUGCAAGUCUAAGCGUGUUUUAUUUGAAGAAGCAAAGCCGUGUUAAAAGUGGGCUUGUGUUUAACUGCCCUUGUGUGCACCAAUAAUCAGGAGUGUGCAAUAAAAAUGACUUUUUGGAAGGGCCCUACAUCUCUCUCUCUUGUAGCUGAAGCAGUCAUCCACCCUGCCCGCCCUGCUAACUUCUCCUGGCUCUUUGGUAUUCCUGGCUUAGGGCAGAGGGGAGGGAAGACAGGCAGUUAAAUCUUUGGCAGGGCCUGAACGGACAGGCUGAAUGCAACCACUGACCCCUCAAUGAUAAUUUCCUGGUUGGAAGACUCCUGCUUGGUGAUCCUAGAAGCUGGGAAGGGACUUCUAGAGCUCAGCGGAGCCACCCCCUGUCCGUGAAUGGUUUCUCUGUACAUAACCAUAUUUUCACGCCCAUGUUACAGAUGGCAGAGCUGAGGCCAAGAGAGCAGGGGGCUUCUUUCAGGCUACCUAGAUUGGGUUGUAGCUACCUAUUUGCUGGUGCUCAGUCUGGCCUGGCCUGACCCCCACCGCCCUUGCCCAGGCCCACGUGGCUAUUCGUGAAAUCGGGCUGGCUGGGUGGUGCUGUUCGCCAGUGCCAGCUGGGAACGCCAGCCCGUUUCCGGCCUCAGUGCUGGGAGUAGCAUUGCACUGGGGAACAAUGGCUAUUGAUCCGCAGGGCAGCCUCCUUAUCUGCCUGCCAUUGUUCUGGAAGCGGCCUCCUUGGAGAGGGAAGAGGCCUCUGUGUUUGCUUUGCCUAGCCCUAGACCCUUCUCUCUGCCUGGUCCGCACCAUUGGCAGAACUGCCGGGCUGCCAGCGAGCCAAGAGGAUGGGAAACAUGGAGAGAGAGGAAGGGGAAGCACGAUAUAGGUCAGGAGUAGAAGCAUCUGUUUUGUAUGCAGAAGGCUGGCUCCAUCUGAAAACCUUGGAGAGCUGCUGCCCGCCAGUGUUGAUGGACCUUCCUGUGUUCCAGCAAGAGGCAAACCUUCAGCUAGGAAGGGGCUGUGCUGGGAUGUUCAUGGCCUUUCCUGCAAAACACUGUUUGUUUUAUUUUCUGAAUCAAAGCUGGACGCUUCUAUUGCUUCUAUUUAUGCUGAGAUAAGGAGAAAUGCGCAAGCAAUAGUCCACCCCACUGAGCAAGAAGGAAGUUUGCUCCCACCUUCUGAUGUCUCCCCAGCAAGCGAAAAACCACUAGAAAUGCCAAACAACUUUUGAACAACUUUCCACCUCGCGGGCUGCUACUUUGGAGCAGUGGUGGUGAAUUACUAUUUUCCUGGUCAUCGAUUGCAUGAUAGCAAACAUGCUCACACACAUAGGGGCAUAGGAAGGUGCCUUAUACUGAACCAGGCCAUUGGUGCAGCUAGUUCAGUAUUGUCUACACUGACUGGCAGCAGCUUCCCAGGGUUUCAGGCAGGGAUGCUCCCCCAGCCCUAGCUGGAGAUGAUGAUAAUGGUGAUUUGUUUUAAAAAGAGCCAGAGGUCCUGGGGAUUGAACCAGGGACCUGCCACACGCAAGGCAGAUGUUUUACCCUGGGAGCCAUGCCCCCCCCCCCAGCAGGAUGUUAAGGGAUGCUGCUCCUUCCAUCCUCACAAGACUUUUGGCUAUAGUACCACAGGGUUAAACCACAGAGCCUAGGACUUGCCAAUCAGAAGGUUGGCGGUUUGAAUCCCCAUGACGGGGUGAGCUCCCGUUGCUCGUGCUCCUGCCAACCUGGCAGUUUGAAAGCACGUCAAAGUGCAAGUAGAUAAAUAGGUACUGCUCCGGCGGGAAGGUAAACGGUGUUUCUACGCGCUGCUCUGGUUCACCAGAAGCGGCUCAGUCAUGCUGGCCACAUGACCCAGAGGCUGUAUGCCAGCUCCCUCGGCCAAUAAAGUGAGAUGAGCGCCACAACCCCAGAGUCGGUCACGACUGGACCUAAUGGUCAGGAGUCCCUUUACCUUUACCUUUACCUUUACCCAAGGAUAGUGAUGUCAGCUUUUUGUUUCUGGGUCUCUAGGCCAGACAGGAGAGGUGCAGAGAGCCUGCCCAGCUUUGCUCAGAACAAAGGACUUUGUGUAUGUUGUGUCAGCAGAGAGAGUGGGGCUGAGCCUAUUCUAGGCUCCUAGGACAAGGUGAAGGAGCUGCACCUGGAAGUGCAGGGUCUGUAAGAGGUGAUGUUAUCAAGUGGCCACAGUGCCAGCUCAACUCCUAGGACAUAAGAGCAUGGAAUCAUAGAAUACAGGGUCAUCUUGUCCAACCCCCAGCAGUGCAGGAAUCUUGACCAAAGCAUCCAUGACAGAUGGCUAUCUAGCCCAGUUAUGUCUAGGCUGAAAGGUAGAAGCCCUCUGAGCUUUCACACAGCCUUGCCUGGAGCCUGGCUCCACCACUGAGCUACAGCCCUAAACCUGGAGUAGCAGUCGGGGGAUGCAGGUCAGAGAGACAGGAUGGAGCCCGGACACCUCUCUUUAGAAACAAGUUAAGGGUUGCUUGAGGGCUUAACCUUGAGAUUUGUUUUUCAUUCCAAGAUCUCCUCAACCCUGGAACAUUUUAGACGAGAUAAGCUAGUGCUUCGCACAGUGCACAGCUAACUUGAGGAAUUUACUGCUGUGAGAGGGAGGACGAGGCCGGGCAGCAGCUUCUGAACAUCAUUAUGGCUAUAUGCUGCCUCCAGGAUCCGAACUCCAGUCCCUGAGAGAACAGCCAGGGAGUGCUUCUGCGUUAAAUACCCUGCAUGUGGUCUCCUGAUGGGCGUCUGUGGGAUCAAAAUGCAGAAUUUGAUUGAUGUUAUGGCCUGAUUCAGGAGGACUCUUCUUACAUUCUCAAGGAAAGGAGGAGAGCACCACCGAACAUGUGCUGAGUGCAUUUUGUGUACCUCCAAAUAACCACGGACCUCUGGGAUAAAGGGGGAAAUUUCAUAGUUUCCGGUCUCUCUCCUUCCCCUUGCAUUAUGCGUUAUUCUCCUGAACAUUGCAGGGUCAGUACUUUGGGCAACUUGUAUGCAUAGCAGGAAGGCCUCCUCCAUCCAUGGGAGAUUGACCCUUGACCUCCAAGGACAGGGAGCUGCCUUCUUCCUGACCACCCAAAUUGCUCCAUCUCCUCCUUCACCUGCCUGGCUGUGCCCUUGACCCUUCGCUGUGUGUUCUGUCCCCAGAUGUAUGGCCGCUACACGCAGGACCUGGGAGCCUAUGCCAAGGAUGAAGCAGCCCGCAUCCGCCUGCAGCAAGAGUGCUGGAAGCCAUCCCCAAAGGACCGCCUGCGCCCCUCUGAGCUGCUGGAGUAUGACCAGAGCCGAUGCGCCCGCUGCCGCAGUAAGGAGCCUGCCGUGUCCUGGGGAGCGGGGAGAGAUCUGGGGGUGGAAAUGCGUCUUUAUAAGUCCUUGCAGCCUCUGGGGUGGGGGGAGAGGAAGGGGAGGGGCAUCCUGGGCCUGCCAUUCAGCUCAUCAAAAAUGUGACACCAGAGGGAUCUGCAGAGCAAUGGAAAAUCACAUUGGGAGGUAUAUAGCUUUUUUUAUAGCGUUUUUACAGAUCAGUGUAGAUCCAGCCCCUGUCAGAACUGGUGUACGUAGUCCAAAACCUAUGUUCAGAGGCUCGCUUGGCUUUGCACAAUUGUGCUCUCGGCCUUCCAUGCUCCCUUGGAGGCCACUAGCUAGUGUUUUUUGUUACAUGCUGAUAAAACUUCUGCCUUGCUGUGCUUUUACGUAUUAUUUCAUUCUGUAAAUGCAAGCAGGCCACAUCAGAUUUUGGGAGGCCUUGGGACGCAUUGUUCUUUUCUCGCUUUGCAGUUGUCUCCGUCCGAAGAUGGAGAACGUCUCAGCAGCAUGAAAUUGUCUGGGAACAGCGUAAACUCUGCUUCUGCCUCCAGGUGCUCACCUGGGGGUUGAGGGUGGUGGUCCUGGGAAAAGAUGUAUUGGCCUUUCCCCAGGUCACUCCCCAUGCUCCCCCUUCAUUUCCCAUGCUCCCGCUUAUUUACCACAGCACUGAACCAGUAGUAGAGGGUUCAUCUCUUGGACAACCCCUUACUGCAGCCACUUGGUGCAUCCUGAGCCCUUUCUCAUGCCUGUGCAUAAAUGGUACAUGCAUACUUUUUAUGAAUCGGCAUGCAACUUUGCUUUCAGUCUUUGUUUCGUGUGAACCAGGCUAGACGUUACCUGUUGCAUACAUCACUCUCUGUAUUCAUGAAUCGCUGUAUACUUAGAAUCAUAGAAUCAUAGAGUUGGAAGAGACCACAAGGGCCAUCGAGUCCAACCCCCUGCCAAGCAGGAAACACCAUCAGAGCACUCCUGACAUAUGGUUGUCAAGCUUCUGCUUAAAGACCUCCAAAGAAGGAGACUCCACCACACUCCUUGGCAGCAAACUUGACAGUUUUAGUACACCUGCUCCUGUGCACAGUUUCUUGGGCUGCAGGAAAGUUGUACUUAUGCAUCCCAGGCUUUCUUUGCACAUGCAACUGUGCAGUGAGUCCUCUUUGCUACCGACUGACUUCUCCUUUCUGUCGCUUCUCUUGCUUCCGCCUUCCUUUCUUGCUCAGCCUGUCUCUGUCUGUCUUCUCGGACUGAGCUCUCUCAGCAUCCUCUAACAAUAGGCAGAGUAUUCAUGACUUCAGCCUGACAGGCCUCCGGCUGAAUCCUUGGCAUAAACUGGGCAUGCGAGUGCACUGAGCCAGUGGGAGAUACAAUUUCGCACAACUAUUUGUUGGGCUCUCGGAGGAACAGGGUCAGAGAACUUUCACAACAUCUCUUGUGUUGGAAGCUUCCCUAGCAAAAUUGCCAGAGGUCCUGGGCGCCCUUGCUUGAAGAGCUGCUUCCCCCCAUCUCCUGCAAGGUCACCCAGCAAGCUUCGUGGCCGAGCAGGGAUUUGAACCCUGGUCCCUUGCGGGGUCUUAGUCCAACACUCUCUUUGAUACCAGGUUCACAAAAGCUCAGAGCGAGGGGAUGGAGGAAAAAGAGAACAUUCUUUCAACUAAAUAAAUAAGUGGCACUUUUAAUGUCCCUGCUCCUGCCAACCUAGCAGUUCGAAAGCACAUCAAAAGUGCAAGUAGAUAAAUUGGUACCACUCUGGCGGGAAGGUAAACGGCGUUUCCGUGUGCUGCUCUGGUUUGCCAGAAGCGGUUUAGUCAUGCUGGCCACGUGACCUGGAAGCUGUACACCGGCUCCCUCGGCCAAUAAAGCGAGAUGAGCGCCACAACCCCAGAGUCGUCCGCGACUGGACCUAAUGGUCAGGGGUCCCUUUACCUUUACCUAUUGCUCUCUUCCAUGGGUAGUCAAAUUAAGGCCCAAGGGCCGGAUCCAGCCCAAUCGCCUUCUAAAUCCAGCCCGCGGACGGUCCGGAAAUCAGCGUGUUUUUACACAAGUGAAAUGUGUACUUUUAUUUAAAAUGCAUCUCUGGGUUAUUUGUGGGGCAUAGGAAUUCGUUCAUUCCCCCCCCCAAAAAAAAAUAUAGUCCGGCCCCCCACAAGGUCUGAGGGGCAGUGGACUGGCCCCCUGCUGAAAAAAUUUGCUGACCCCUGCUCUCUUCCUUUAUAUCUUGACAUUAAAUAUAUAUAUAUACUGCAAAGCACCAGCAGAUGAGGAGCAACUUUUAAACAGCCUUCCUUCCAGCUCUAAAAUCUUAAGACCCCUGGAUAAUCCAGACCCUCGUUCCCUCCCUCCUUCCACCCCAGGGCCCGGAUACCCUGGCCAAAGCUCUCCCGUCGUCAUUCCCGGGAUCUGCUUGUUCCCGCUGUCUUAAAAUAGUUCCCUUAGCAACUGCUGAGGCCGAGGCCUGCAUUGUUCUUGAGGCAAAUUCUCUUGUUAAAUGUCGCCGGCUCCCUGGGGCCGCAGCGUGAGCCGGAGAGCCGCUCAGAGCCGGCCUGUCCCGGCAUGGCCCCGGGCGUGGCUGCCCUCUCCCCACCCCGCUCCCAGUUGCCGCGUUGUGUUGACCGAUGCGUUGUGUUGCUCUAGCGUGACGGCAUGUUUUGCUAACUCGGCGUGGGGCUCCUCCAUCCUUGCCACCCUCUGGGCCCAUCUGCCGGCUGCCUGUGGCUAGCAUAGCAACCGAGUUGGGGGGGUGGCAGGCCCCCAGGCCCCCUCACAAAGCCAGAGGGGGAAGGCCGUCCCCUCUGCAAACCCCAGGUGUUGUGGGCAAGGAGGCUGUGGCGCAGGCGGGGUGCGCCGGUGGGGUGGCGGCAGCAGCUUUGUUCUUACAGCUGCGCGAGUGUCGCAAAACAAGUGAGCUGGCUUGUGCCUGGAAACUUCUCUCUUUUGCCCGCCCCAAAACAAUCCCAACUUGGAAACUCAGCGGAAAUAUCCUCUUGCCAUGUUUUUAUGAUUCAGGUGCUUGGUGGAGCAGCUCAGUCGAUCCUGUUACGCAAUGAAGAAAUGUCCGUGGUAGAGCCACAGUGGCGGAAGCUGGCUUAAAUAUGUAUGAAGAGCCUGCAGGAUCAGGCCAGUGGCCCAUUUGGUCCAGCAUCCUGUUCCCACAGCAGCCAACCAGAUACCUGAGGGAAACUCACAAGCAGGAUCCGAGCACAAAGCAGCUUUCCCCUCCGACAGUUUCCAGAAACUAGUACUGUAGAUUCCAGCAUAUAAGACGACUUUUCAACCCCAGAAAAUCCUCUAAAAAGUCAGGGGUCGUCUUAUACGCCGGGUAUGGGUUCGCUGGGCAGCGGUAGUGGGCGGCGGGCAGCGGGAGGAAGCUGCCCGGCGAAGCUGCCCAGCGCUGCUAAGCCGGCUUCGCUGGGUGGCUUCCGGCGCGGUGCGGUGUGGAGCAGAGUCCGCCACCCACUGCUGCUGCCCAGCGAAGCUGCCGCAUAUAAGACUGGGCGUAUAAGUUGACCCCCCAAAUUGGCAGCUGCCAAUUUGUCUUAUACGCCCAGUCGCCUAAUACGCCGGAAUCUACGGUGUUCAGAAGCGUGGCUGCCCUCCAACCGCGGAAGGCAGAGGGUAGCCAUUGUGGCUCGUAGCUGUCAGUAGCCCUCUCCUCCUCCAUGAAUUGGACAAAUCCUCUUUCAAAGGCAACAAGGUGGGCAGCCAUCAUUGCCUGCCCCGGCAGAGAGUUCCAUAGGUUAACAACGCGCUCCGUGAAGCAUUAUUUUCUUUGGGCUGUCCUGAAUCUUCCAGCGUUCAGCUUCAUUGGAUGCCCAGAAAUUCUAGGAUUGGUCUAGUGCUUGUCAGGCUGGCUUGGCAAAAUACCAUACCUUCUCUCUCUCUUUCUCUGGUCCCACAAAGAGUCUGUCAUUUUUAUAUAUAUAUAUAUACAUUUCUAUUGGUUUUUUUUAACAUUUCAUUUCCAACAAUCAUAUAACAUAACUUCUUAUCUUAUACAAUGUUUUAGACUUCUGUCAACACCUCUGAUGAUUUUUCGUUCUUUACCACUUAUUCUGCAUUUCUUCAUUUCUCUAUUACUCUUAAUUAUCAUUAACUAAUAAUUCUCCUCAUUGUCUGUCUUGCAAUAUUUCAAAUAGUCCUCCUUACAAAACUUCUUGCAGUCCUACUAGCGUAAUCUGUUCAUUACAGUUACUUUUCAAAUAGUUCAUAUAUUUACUCCAGUCUUCUAAGAAUCUCUGGUCCUGCAGGUUUCGAAUCUUUCCUGUUAAUUUAUCUAAUUCUGCAUAGUCCAUCAAUUUCAUCUGCCAUUCUUCUUUCGUUGGUAAUGCUUCUUGCUUCCAUUUUUGUGCCAAUAAUAUUCUUGCUGUUGUCAUUGCAUAUAAAAACAACUUACAAUCCUGUCUAUUAAUAUCAUCUCCUACAAUGCCAAGUAAAACUGCUUCUGGUAUCUUAAUAAAUAAGAGUCUGUCAUUUUAGCGCUACCUCUUGCUUCUAUUCCUUUAUUCUCCUUCUCUCUCCUUCUGGUCCCAUGAAGGGUCUGUCAUUUUAUACUGCUCAGCUGGGUUUAUUUCACUUCCUGUGGGCUAGAGCCUGCCUGCCCUCACCCCUUCCAUGGUCUCUUUGGUCCAUGUUGGACAUCUACUGCCAAAAUAUUGGCUGAGGGCCACCAAGUUAUUUCUUGCCUCCAGCAGUGACCUGAGCCUAAGAAGAGAGAUCAGCCAGAGGUUUUGGGUCAACUUUCAUUAGCAUGCUGAUAACGGCACUACCUCUUGCUUCUAUCCCUUGACCGUGAUACGGAAGCGAUAGAGGUGGUAAAUUGGUGUCACUCACUUGGGAGAGAUCCGCUGGAGCUUCUUGCACUACUGGCGGGUGUAAGUUGCCCAUGACUCACUUCCAUAAAGCAGCAUGCUCAACACAUUAUUAUUAUUAUUAUUAGAAUUUAUAUACCGCCCUAUACCUGGGGGUCUCAGGGCGGUUCCCAGAAUAAAAUCAAGAUAUAAAACCACAAAAUACCUAUUAAAACUAAAAACAAUCCAAUAACACCCCCCCCAAAAAAAGACAUUUUAAAAGGGCAUAGGAUGUAAAUCAGAUCAACCAAAAGCCUGGUUAAAGAGGAACGUUUUUGCCUGGCGCCUAAAGGUGUAUAAUGAAGGCACCAGGCAGACUUCCCUGGGGAAAGCAUUCCACAGAUGGGGAGCCACUGCAGAGAAGGUUCUCGUGUUGCCACCUUCUGGACCUCUCGAGGAGGAGGCACCCAAAGGAGGGCCUCAGAAGAUGAUUUCAGGGUCCUGGUAAAUUCAUAUGGAAAGAGGCAGUCCUUGAGGUAUUGUGGUCCAAGCCUAAGUCUGUGCUGCAAAUUACGUACCCUUGGUUUCAACCCCUUUUUUCAUAGCUCUCUUCCUCCUCAACCUCUUGGUUUGAGAGCAGUGAAAUCUGAAUGAUGCAUUGAGAAACAACCUGCUCCUUUAUCUGCAGAUAAGACUGAAAGCAAGGGGGGUGUUGAUGGGGAGUCCUAACCAUGUCCUGAAGGUACAGAAUGCUUAAUGGUUCUUGUCUCCUUUAUCGUUCCAACAACCUUGUUGAGCUGUGCAAGGCACAGAGACCAAGAGAGCCAGCACCAACUCAGUAAGUUGUUCAGUGUGAGGCUCCCCUUAAUUCCCAACUGGGGAAAUGUUGAAUGAGUUUAAAGCCUACAGCCUUUUUACAGCAGAUGGGUCAUGCAACUGUUCUGAUUAGUUUUAGUGAGCUGAGACUUAUUCGCUCUUAUGACUAUAGUUUUUGUGUCAAAGGGAACUUCAAACAUUUCCUUAAUGCUUCAAAGUCUGCCCUGCUAUUAAAAGCUUGUUAGGAGCUUUUGGGGUGGGGAGUAAAAAUAAUUUCAAUAAUAAUUUUAUUAUUUAUACCCCGCCCAUCUGGCUGGGGUGCCCCAGCCACUCUGGGUGGCUUCCAGCACAUAAUUAAACACAUAAUAAAACAUCAAACAUAAACUUCCCAAUAUAGGGCUGCUUUCAGAUGUCUUCUAAAAGUUGUGUAGUUAUUUAUCUCCUUGACAUCUGACGGGAGGGCGUUCCACAGGGUGAGCGCCACUGCCAAGAAGGCCCUCUGCCUGGUUCCCUGUAACUUGGCUUCUCUCUUGAGGGUUGUAUAUGAGCUCCUUUUAACUCCUGGAUCCAGCAAGUGUUAAAAUAUAAGCCAGGCUAACUUCCAGUGUCAAGGUGAUAAGCCAUUAAGGGGGAAACAAAGGAAAGGGGCUCUGUGUGAGAUGGGCAAUGGAUGGGGACUGUUGUUGUCGUUUAGUCGUUUAGUCGUGUCCAACUCUUCGUGACCCCAUGGACCAGAGCACGCCAGGCACUCCUGUCUUCCACUGCCUCCCGCAGUUUGGUCAAACUCAUGUUCAUCUCUUCGAGAACACUAUCCAACCAUCUCGUCCUCUGCCAUCCCCUUCUCCUUGUGUCCUCCAUCUUUCCCAGCAUCAGGGUCUUUUCCAGGGAGUCUUCUCUUCUCAUGAGGUGGCCAAAGUCUUGGAGCCUCAGCUUCACUAUCUGUCCUUCCAGUGAGCAUUCAGGGCUGAUCUCCUUCAGAAUGGAUAGGUUUGAUCUUCUUGGAGUCCAUGGGACUCUCAAGAGUCACCUCCAGCACCAUAAUUCAAAAGCAUCAAUUCUUCGGCGAUCAGGUGGAGACUAGGUCUGGGCAAUUUAAUGAUAAAUCGUUGCAAACCAGUUUGAAAUCCACGUUGCAAUUGCCGGUUCAAAAUAUCUGACUUGCCAAUAAACUGCACAAAGCCAACUUUUGUCUGGUGCUCUGCCAUCUCAGCUCUCCCCUUCCUCCUUCAGGGGACAGCAAAGCACAAAGCAGGGGCAGACUGGGAACUUCCUCUGGCGCUGCUGCCAUAAGCUUCUCUUCCAGGCAGGCUACAUGGUUGCUUGGUGGUGGUGUCUGUGGUCGGCAAAUGGGAGCUGCGCCGCGGUACCCAUGGAGCAGCUCCUGGUAGUCGCUGUUUGCAGGAUGUGACCCUCAAUGUGAGUGGGAGCUGGGGGUGGCCCAGGGUGGGCUCUGGGGAGAGACUGUGCCACGAUGUCACUGAUAUGGAGGGCUGGCUGGCUACCAAGCCAAUUCAAACCAAUUUGAAGUUCUCCUUCCCCCUUACUUUCAUACAUUGUGAUGUAUCUCUGCAUUGCGAUGUUUAGCUGGCAAUACAUCACGAUGUUGAAAACCUGAUAUUGCACAGCCCUAGUAGGGGCCCGAUCAUGGUUAGAGAGUUUAGAGUUGAGUUGCAGUGAUGUAAUCUAGAAGUAAAAUAGCAAGCUGCAGAGUCAGAGCAACGUCUGAGAGCAACAUUUGAUUUCAGUUUGAAUCCACGGCUGUGGCUAUGGGGAAAAAGGCAUUUUGGAGGAGUUAAUGCUGUGAACCCCUCCACUGUAGGCUCGGGUUGUAUAUACGUGUAAAUAAACCAUAAAUUAUGUAGACACCAAAGUCUCUGCUGUACCUGUGUUCCAAAAGGAAACAUAAGUGCCUGGAUUCCCUGGAAUCUUGCACCACUCAGAGAUUGGGGUAGUGUGCAACACCGGUGUCAGAAGUGGGAUUCGUGUUUCCUGGAGGAAGGGCCUGUGAGCUGGAGGGAGGAACAGCAACAUAACCGGAGCGGUUCAGGCUUAUGAUCCAGCAGCAAAGGCCAGCACCGGAUAGAGCAGCAGAACUAGUGGUUCAGUGAAAUGAAGCAGCUGCAAGCAGAAUCUGUGAGAAGCCUCCUUGGAGAGAAAAGUGUGACUCCAGGCGAGGUGGAAGCCCUGCCUGAUGAGAUGCUACAGGGCGUUGAAAGUGACUCUGGAGCCCAGGUACAAGGCAUCCAGGUGGAAGAGGUGGCUGAAGAGAUCCAGAAUGUGGAUGGGCAAUUGAGGGGCUGGGACUGCGAAGAGAUGCGUACGGUAGCUGAAGGAAAGACUCACCUCAGAGAAGGGUGAGCUGGGUGGGGCCGAGGAGCCGCUGAUUGAUUUCUCCACUCCCUGGGAGCCUGCUACGGAAGACGGGGAGCAGCUGGAAGAAUUGGAGGUGCGUGUGAAUGUGCAAGAAGAGGGAAGUGACGGUGGCUUCCUUACUGGAGGAGAAAACACAGGGAAGUCUUGAGACCUGCAUGCAUGUGCCAGAGGAGCAGCCAGCUCCUGCUGACGGUGCAGGAGGAGAUGCAAGAGGCGCUCAUGCGUGAGCAGGAGGAAUGGAGAUGCACAUGAAUGUGCAGCAGAGGAAAACACACAGAAGAAGCUGGAGGCCUGUGUGCAUGUGCCAGAGGAGCUCAUGCUGAAUUGGGUGAGAUUAACCCCCCCCCCAAUGAUUUAGCCCUUUGAGUUCACCAAGAUGGGCUUGUGCAGUGGGGACCAGUCCCUAUACUGGGUGCAACCCUUAAGCAGGCCCCAACAGGAAGGGACACCCAGGGUCCCGUGAGUUUGAUGGGCAAGAGCCACUGGGAUGGCUACCUGCCCAUGAGGAGAGGUUGGGAGUAAGCAGAGAGGGGCAUUCUUGGCAACGGACUUGCAUGGACUGGGCCGGCUGAUCCUGAAGAAGCUUGUGAUAGAGGCUUGUGGUAGGACUUUGAUUUACAGUUUGGGCAGGAGAUAAAGUGGACCAGUCCAGGGGCAGCAAAUGGGAAGUUUUUAAUGUUUGACAUUUCACUAUAUUUUUUAUGUGUUGUAAGCUGCCCAAAAUGGCUGGGGAAACCCAGUAGCGUGUGGCUACUGAAACUGUUUUGGGACUAGAGUGUGAAUUUGGGGGUCUGAUCCACAACCAGAGGAGAGGCCAAGGAGAAAUCAAGAGGCUCCAGAAGACUGAGCCUGCAAUUAGAGCCCCAAAUUAGCUGUUGAUCUGCAUGGACUGAGAAGUUUGUGAAAUCCCGAGCCAAAGAGUCAUGCAGGCAACCCCAUAGUGAUCCUUCCUAAAAUGCUUUUUGCAUGUCUGCAUCGAUGGGAACUCUUUGAAGAUUUUAAGGAAUUGUUUCGAUAGCUGUGUGUGCACCCAGAUAACUGCUUUGCGCUGCAGUAGCCCAAGGCAAAGGAUGAGCAAGGUUUUGGCGUACAGUCGUACCUUGGUUCUUGAAUGGCUUAGUUGCCGAACAAAUCGGCUCCUGAACGCCGCAGAACUGGAAGUGUUCCAGUUUGCAAACAUUUUUCGGAAGCUGAACACCCGAUGUGGUUUCCACUUGAGUGCGGGAAGCUUCAGCAGCCAAUCGGAAGCCGUGCCUUGGUUUUCGAACAGUUUCGGGAGUCGAAUGGACUCUUGGAACGGAUUAAGUUCGAGAACCAAGGUACCACUGUACUAAGUUCUGGUACUGAGGCUUGCAUCCUGGGUUCAACAUGUCAGAACUCCCUAUUUGAGGCUGCCAAAUGUGGGAGACUGUAAGCUGCUCUGGGAUGCAGGACUGGGACUGGGACUCUGCAACAAGGAGAAAGAAAAAGGCUUGAAGAGAUCUUGUUGGACUGGAACUUGCCUGAAAAGAAGAAGCUGUUACUGUUCUGGUGUUGGGUUAAAAUAGUAAUUGUAUUUUAUUAUCAGUUUUUGGCUAUGUGUUCUCUAAUGCCUUUGCUAACUUGUCUGUUUUUUGGUUUUUUUACAAGGAAGCUGUUUUUUUGCUGUUUGUUUGUACAAAUGGGGACAGAUGUCUUGUUUGGGGGGGGGAAUGUUAUGGGUUUUGGGUGUGGAGGAACAAGCUGUUUCUUUUAGCAAAGCAAAAAAAGAGAAUAUUGGCGGGGGGUGGGCAAGGAACUGCAUUUAGGACAGCUCUCAAGUCUCCACUGGAGGGAGCUACCGGUCCGCACUGAUGCUAAUUGUGAUUGCUUCUAGAGAAAGCAAGCACUGUGGCUGACUCCAAAAGUAAUGUAUUGAUGAAGCUCUUUAUGUGAGCGUUAGGGGACACACGGGUGCAUGUUUGUGUGGUUAUGUAACAAGCUUUCGCGUAGAGUUCCAAAUUGGCGACAGAGUCUUGUGUUCCAGUUGGCCGAGGCAAGUUUGCCAAUCAUUGUUCAGGCUGACCCAAAGCUUUUAUUUGCGGUUCUUAAAAUGCAACUCCUUAUUCAAACUCAUUCAUGGAUUCCGCCCGCCCCCCUCCGCAGAGGCUGUUGGCGCUGCCGCCUCUGCUGAGACAAGAGGUCCCUUUUCAGAUCUUGAAUGUGUGUCGUUACUCGAAUCAAAACAAUUUAGUUUCACGGAAACGUCUAAAAAUAUAAAUGUUUCCCCUCCCUCCCCCCGCCCCCCAGCUUGAAAAGUAACCGGAGAUUUUAAAAGAGUAAGGAAAGGAAAAGGAGCCAGCUUUGGGCUGCUGAGUUUGAACAACCCCAGCAAGCUGCAAUCUAAGGAUUAGGAGCGAGCACCGCGCUUAUUUGUGGUACACACCGUCGUGUUUGCAGAGGCUUGGCACGUCUCCGUCACUGUGUGUUCACGAAUUGUACAUGUGGCAGAGAUCAGUAGCUGAACACGUGUGCUGGGAUUAAUGUUUGAAAGCCACUCAACGUGUACAGUGGAUUGGUUUUACAGAGAAUCUUGUUUUAAAAAAAGUUUUUUAUUUAUACUUUUCAAAUUUAUGCAUUUCAUUAAUUUUACAAUCCAUUUAACAUUUCAAAAUUUGACUUCCUUCCCCCUCUUUCUGCAGUUCCUUAAAUUCAUUUUUUCAUAACUUCUGCACAUCCAAAUUAAUUUGGUUUACUCAUUUAAUUACCUACUGUAAAUUACAGUACUCUUAUAAAACUGCAGGUUAUUACAAUAAUCCUGCUAAUGUUUUAAUCUGUUUAUGAUUUAUCUGUAAAUAUUUAAUAAACCAUUUCCAUUCUUUUAUAAAGAGUUUGUUAUCUUGAUUUCUUAUUCUUCUGGUAAGUUUUGCUAUUUCUGCAUAUUCCGUAAGUUUUUCCCUUUGCUGGGGCUUCUGCUUAUUUCCAUUUUUGAGCAAGUAGCGUUCUUGCUGCUGUAGUAGCAUACAUGAAUAAAUUUCUAUACAAGUUAGGUAGUUCUGUCCCUAUGAUGCCCCAAAGAAAAGCUUCUGGGUUUUUUAAAAUAAAAGUUAUUUUGAACAUCUUUUUCAAUUCAUUAUAUAUCAUUUCCCAGUAAGCUUUAACCUUACCACAAGGUAAGGUUUUACUGAGAAUCAAGGUAGGGAAAGGUGCUCUCUAUGCCUCAUGACCAAGGGGGGAAGUGCUUGGGAAGGGGUGCUCAAGGCCCCCCCCCCUGCACCCGCUGACGCCAUGUUGGCAACCCCAAUUUAUACAGAAAGUAUUUCAUUUGUUUAUUUCUACAUUCAUGGCCCUUGAUCUCCAUUCCUAAUACGUCCUCUCUCUCUUUCUCUUCCUGCAGUCUGCACUGUGCGGUGCCAAAAGUUCCUCAUCUCCAAGGUGGGCGAGGACUGGAUCUUCCUGAUCCUCUUGGGGUUGCUUAUGGCCCUGGUGAGCUGGGCCAUGGAUUUUGCCAUCGCCACCUGCCUGCAAGGUAAGAAAAGUGUUGACACACGGUGACAUCGAGAGGAAGGCUGGUGCUCCCCUCUGUCAACUGGAUGGGCCGGCUGGCUGCUCCAGCCCACAGGGCUAUGAAUUGGCUGUUCUCCAUGGGGUCCAAGGCCCUUGGCAUGAAAGGGAGGAAAGUUGGAGUCAUUUUAAGGAAGGCGGAGACUAGGGGACCAGAUAGCAAACGGUAGAACUGGAGGAACAAAAGUCCUGGGCAGAGAGAGAUUGGGAAACAAGGGCAUAAAGAUAUAGAAGUUUUGCCUGCAUACCCCUUUUCUACUGAUGUCUGUUCUUGACUUCAGUGGAGCGUCUUUAUUAUCCCCUGAAUAUUUACCCUCAUCCUUUCUCUUUUAAAAGGACCCCGAGGGUCAUUUAAUUCAACCUUCUGAUCUCAACACGCAGUCCCCCAUCCAAUUUGAAAACCUACUGGCCCCAGCUUAGCUUUGCAAAUAUGCUAGCAGUUUUAUUGCUGCACCACUAGGAAGCCAAGAUAUUAGGCUUGGUCCUUAGUUGAUGCAGCUGGAGCAGAGAGUGAGCAUCACCUGCAAAAAUCCCACCUGCUUUUUCCUUUGGCCUCCUGAAAAGGGGCCCUUUUGAUGCUAUAGCUGCCUUCAGCAGAGAGAGAGGAUUCUCACCCCGGGCUUACCAGGCGAGAACGUCCCCCUUGCACACUUUACAAAAGUACCCUCUCCUUUUCUGUCUCUGUGCAGCCCAGAAGUGGAUGUAUGGGGGUUUGGAUGCCAACAUCUUCCUGCAGUACAUGGCCUGGGUCACUUACCCCGUGGUCCUCAUCACCUUUUCAGCCGGCUUCACUCAGAUCUUGGCUCCGCAAGCUGUAGGUGAGUCCAGGGAUAGCGGAUUCCUGUUGGGACAAAAGGUAUCAUUUCCAAGGGGCUUAUGAAAACAACCUUUUCUGCCAGAGUUUUCCUCGCCCCACAUUUUGUGCUCAGCUCUGGAGGGGCAGCAACAUUAUCUCUGCAAAAAGCUUCAGUGUUCCAGACCUUGGAAAUUUCCGUAUUAGACUUUCAUUUCCGUGUGAACUGGCUGAAUCUGAUUUACUUGCACACAGUGUGCCCUGUCUCUGCUCCGCAGAGGUCACUUAUUUUGCAGUUGCAAGAGCAGGGGGUGGGAAGCCUGUGGUUCUUCGGGCGUUUAUGGGCUUCCAACUCCCAUCAUUCUGAGCCAACAUGGCCAGUGGCCAGGGAUGAUGAUACUGUAGCUCAUUGACACCCGGAGGACCACAGCUUUCCAUUUAUUUCUCUGUAUAGCUCCCUCUUCUUGUCCCUUUCUCUCCCUUCAUCCCUUUGUCUCUCUCUUUCUCCCCAGGCUCUGGCAUCCCCGAAAUGAAGACAAUUCUCCGGGGUGUGGUGCUGAAAGAGUACCUUACCCUCAAGACCUUUGUGGCCAAAGUGAUUGGCCUGACGUGCGCCCUGGGCAGUGGGAUGCCCUUGGGCAAAGAGGUGAGGGGUGCUGCUGAGACACAGCCAGGUGGGGCACAAAGGAUGGGGGCAAGACUGACCGGAUUGAGGACUUAUUGGAGAAAGAGUUCCAUUGGUAUGGGGCAACAGGAGAUGUCCCCCUCAUUGAACCUGCUGUUGCUUGAUUCUCAAAGGAUCUGUGUGUCGUGGGGCAGGUAUGGCCACCUUGCUGACUCCUCUUUCCCUUCCCCACACAGGGACCGUUUGUCCACAUCGCCAGCAUGUGUGCCGCCCUCCUCAGCAAGUUCCUCUCACUCUUCGGUGGCAUCUAUGAGGUGAGACACAUGGGGUUGCAAAGUUCUGAGGUGUGAGGAUCUUGUGAAAGGCCCUCUGACUGCAGAGGGCCUUCUCAGUGGUGGCACCCUCCCUGUGGAAUGCCUGUCAGGGACUGGACUGAGAAAGGAAUGGUGGGAACCGUCUCCCAAGGGCAGGAGGACAAUAUUGAUUUAGAACAGUGGUUUGCAGAAGGAUAUAGUCCAUAGGGAAAAAGCUGGGAAGUCCUGGGGCUAGAAGCGCAAACACCAGGAGAGAGACAGCUGGCAGAUUCACUGUCUUUGGACAGCAUUCCUGACCCCCCCCCCAUUCGUCUAGGACUAGACAGGCUCUGAGAGUGAUAGAGCAGAAAGUGUAGCGACAGCAAACUCAGAUUAUCCCCGAUGUAGGAGUGACGUAGAUUAAUGGGGAAGGAGGGGGUAAACUUUUACUGGGAGCAACGCCAUUUUUUAAAGAGAGAUAUGCAUUCCUUUUUCUCUUGCUGUGAUUAUGAAAGAAACUCUGGUAUAUUAUAAUUAUUAUUAUUGUUAUUACUAUUUAUUAUACCCCGCCCAUUUGGCCAGGUUUCCCCAGCCACUCUGGUAAGAACGCUCCUUUUGUUUGAUCUUCUUAAUCACUGUCACCGGGGGAGGGAUCCGAUUUCCCCAAACCCGACAACACUCUCCCAUCAGAUGUCAAGGAGAUAAAGAACUACAAACUUUCAAAAAACUUUCAAAAUCUUCUGUACCUGGAUUUGAUGUUUUAGUAUGUUUUUAUAGUUGCUGGAAGCCACCCAGAGUGGUUGGGAGAAACCCAGCCAGAUGGGCAGGGUAUAAAUAAUAUUAGUAUUAGUAUUAGUAUUAGUAUUAGUAUUAGUAUUGGGGUUGCAAGGUGCUGAGGGGGUGAGAGAACCAGUUUGGAGAACCUCUGAGCAGAGCUUCUUGCUGCAGGAGUCAAGAAGCACAGUAGACGUAUCAAGCAGGGGCUUUCAGAUGGUGGGGCAAGUUUUUCAUUUAUUUAUUUUUAAAAAAUAUUAAGGUUUAUAGAGAAAAUUCAAAACUUUAGAUCUUUUCUCUUUUCUUAACCAAACCAAAACUUUUAUCUAGAUACAAUAAAAAACACAAAAGAGAGGAGAGUGGGGAGAAAGAAAUAGAGGAAGAAGAAGAAAGAAUUUUUUUUUAAAAAGAGGAGGAAAUUGGUUAAGAGAGAAAGACAGAAAAAUAAGAUUCAGAAAAGAAAGAACUUCCAAUUCUUCAUCUGUCUGCUGUAUAAAACAAUAUUUUCUUCAUCCAAUCUAACAUUGCUCCCAACAAAGCUACUUUCUAUAAACAAAUGUUGUCUUCAAUCCUCAAAUCCAGAUGUCAUUUCUUUUUCACGCAAAAAGUCCACGAGAGGUUUCCAAGCUUUAACAAAUGCUAGCAACGGCUUUUCUCUGAUGAAACAUGUCAAUUUUGGGGGGCUAGCUUUUCAGGGGCGCCACAGCACCGAUUCAAAACGGGUGCCCAUUGCUUCAAGUUAACCUGGUUCUUAAAGAGCCCCUUCUCUGCAGUGGACAAGGGGAAGUCACCCAUCCCUUCAGACCUGCUUCUCUUUGAGCAGCUCCUCAUGGAUUCUGUGCCCUUUGGGCUUCUUUUGCAGAACGAAUCCCGCAAUAUUGAGAUGCUGGCAGCUGCCUGCGCUGUGGGUGUUGGCUGUUGCUUUGCUGCUCCAAUUGGAGGUAAGGAUACCAAAAUGGACUCUGAGUAUACGAAGAGUUCCAAAUCCCUAGUUUUGUAUAUUAAAAUUAAAUCCAACCACAAAAGAGUUGGUUUUAGAAUCAUAGAGUUGUAGAGGUGGAAGGGACCUUGAGGAUCGCCUAGUAAUUUAUCAACACCCCCCCCCUUAAACAUGCAUCUACUCAGAUUUCAAGCCAACCCCCCCUUAAGUCUGAUGGGUAAAUUCUUUAAUGGGCCUAGAAGUGACUGCCUUUAUGCAUAAGCAGAUCAAGCCAGAUUGAAUUACAUUGUGCAUUAUGUUCUGAAUCGCAACCCACCUUGUGAUAGAUCAGAAGUCACCUGGGAUAGAUUCCUGUGCUCUUUCCAGAAUUUUUUUUAAGAAGGUAAAUCAGGCUAUUUCAGAAUCAGAUGGUUGCUGGCCAAUAUAGACAAGUUUGUUGCCUGGAGAAUAGCUUUAUACAAGCUAGCAGUGAGAAAGUUAUGUAUGGGCUUUUUUGGGGGGUGUUAAACUUAAAACAGUGUGGCCAGCCAAGGGGAUCCCCUCCCCCGCAAUCUAAAUGAUCUGGUGAACUUCACAAUUUCAAAUUUUAAGAAUUUGCCAGGCUGAAAGUGAUGUCUUAACUUGCACUCUAGGAUUGCCUUGUUUGCUUUUUGUGAUUUAUGUUUUGAUUUGGGGCUGGCUACAAAAAAACACACACACCCAAAACCUGAAUGAAAGUGUAUCCACAUCGAAUGGCCUGAGAGAUGUGUGGAGUGACCUGGAGAAAACAGUUUCCAAAUCUUAUUACUAAUAUAUGCAUUUUUAUGCACACACAUGCUAGGGAAACGUGCGCAUAAAAAUGCACACACUAGUGAAAAUAACGUGCACAAAUUCAUUAUAUGGGGGAUUUUUUUGUGCUAAAAUGUGUGUGUGUUAGGCUAAAUCGCAUACAAAAAUAGGUAGGAGAAUUUCACAGUGAAACGCUGGUUAAUUGCCUGGCUGCCAGCUUUCUUCUCAGUCUCAGUGUCACCCUCAUAGAACAGCAGGGAGGAGGACAGUGUUGAGUUGGCUCCUCUGCCUGUCAUUGGCUCUGGCGCCACCUACUGUUUGUCUCCUUGUAUCCCACCCUACCAGGCGCAAUGAACACCAGCCUGUGAGAGCUCCUGCCCAGAGCAUUCACUUCCACCUGCCUAACUGCUGUGGCCAGUUGCAAAUGGAUUAGUGGGAGGAGUUUUCUGAGGAAGGAGUGGCCCCCAGCUAACGCCCUCCACCAACCUCUCCUGCUUCCCAUAUCUCUACAGAGGGAGCAAAGAGUAGCAGCUGUUUGGGAAGGGUCUGCUUUACAGGGUCUGGGGAGUGAGAAGAGAUGGGACAGCUCUCUCAGCUGGAUCCCCUCUGGUUGGGGAGGUGAACCCUGGCGGACAAUGUCCACAGGGUCACGCCAAUCUCCCAAAAUAUGUCUUUGCUUCUGCUCAGUGCAGAAAUGAAGCCUAAAAGUUAUUGCACCCUAGUCUUAGUUACAAGGGAGCUGGCUGUGCUUAAGGACCGAGAGAAAUAGCACUCUGCACGCACUUAAGUGCAGUCUCUUCUUCGGUAGUGCCAAAAAAUGGAGUCUGGGGCCUAAGCAACACCCAGAGUGGCAGGGGAAACCCAGCCAGAUGGGUAGGGUAUAAGUGAAAAUUAUUAUUAUUAGGGAGAGCUGGGGAGCCUAGCCUCAAUAUAAGCCCCCUGAACCAUGAGGAUUGGAAAGGAACAAUUUGCGUCCUCCUUAACUGGGCUGAGCAAAGGGUUCUCCAUCAUUUGAUCCCUGAGUAUUUUGGGUUUUCAGGUUACACGCUGAGCCAGAGCUUAGAGAGUUGGACUUGGACCCAGGAGACCGGCGCUCAAACCUGCGGUCAGCCAUGAGUCUCACUGGCUGACCCUGGGCCAGUCCCCACCUCACAGGGUUGUUCUGAGGAUAUAAAGAGGGAGGCGAGGGAGAGCUGUUGUAUAGUAUCUUGGAUAAUAAUAAGUGCAAUAACUCAGUGCACCGUGCAGCUGAUGUGAGCCUGGGGUGGGGUUUGGGGUCGGGGCGAACCCUCUCUCCAACUGCAGGCAUAACUUCGUUUCCUCCUUCCCCCCUUUUGCUGCGGGCUCCUCCCAGGCAGUCCUUCCUGUACAUCCUCUUCGCCGCUGCUUUUGCUCUUCUAGGUUGGUGACUGGUGUCUGUCUCCCUUUCCAUGUUGGUUUCUGUUGUGAGCAAAGGCUUGGUCUGUGUAUCUGUGUGUGUCUUUCCCUUUCUGCCAGCUUUGCCAAAAGAAGGAAGGGGAGGGAGGCCCUUUCUCAUUUGCCCAGAUAACACCUGCAUACAUGAAUGGGAGUUUCCUGUUGGCGUGUGCAGACGUACGAGUUCAAAAGCCAAGCGAAACCAGCGGAUGGGGGGUGGGAAUGCCCCACCGCAGGGAGCUUCUAAGUGACUAAGUGGCCCUCCAUCCAGCCUGCCUCUCUCUUUAAGAGGAAUUCAAUCCGCAGCAGUUGCAGGAAGGAAGGGAUAGAAUUUGCUGGUGAGAGCAAAUAAAGAGAGAGGCUUCAAGGCAGGGCAUUGCACGGCAGCGGUUAGAUCUGCAAAGGCACACAGCUACUCAUUGCAUGAAGAGCCUGAAUCAGGCCCGUGGGCCAUCUCGUCCAGCAUCCUCUUUCACAGCAGCUAGCUGAAUGUCUCUAGCAAGGAGGACCUGAGAACAAGAGGCCUCUCCUUGCUUGCAUUCCCAAGGAACCAAUAUUCAGAGGAAAUGCCAUCUCCAAUAUUAUAUAUUCAGGUCCUGUAUACCUGAAGGAGCGUCUCCACCCCCAUCGUUCAGCCCGGACACUGAGAUCCAGCGCCGAGGGCCUUCUGGCGGUUCCCUCAUUGCGAGAAGUGAGGUUACAGGGAACCAGGCAGAGGGCCUUCUCGGUAGUGGCACCCGCCCUGUGGAACACCCUCCCAUCAGAUGUCAAGGAAAUAAGCAGCUAUCCUAUCUUUAAAAGACAUCUGAAGGCAGUCCUGUUUAGGGAAGUUUUUAAUAUUUAAUGCUGUAUUGUUUUUAACACUUGAUUGGGAGCUGCCCAGAGUGGCUGGGGAAACUCAGCCAGAUGGGCGGGGUAUAAAUAAUAAAUUAUUAUUAUUAUUAUUAUUAUUAUUAUUACUAUUAUGGCCAAGAGCAUGAGGGUUUUUUUCUAAUUCUGUUUUGAAGCAAUCCACUCCAUUUUGCGGGAGCAAAUUCCAGAUUCUAACACAACAAAAUUAAUAGUUGCAAUCAAGCGCUUUUUCCAGAAAGAGGGAUUCUAGUGCCAUGGAAGAAUUCCUGCUGUGCCUGAGGGUUCAGUCCCUCAUACCUCAACUUUCUCUGCCCUCGUUUCAUUUUGCUGACUUCUAGCAGUAGAGGCAGGGAAGAACACAGCCUGAGUUGGGUUGUAUUGGCAUGUUCCCGGAAAGCCAAUGGAAAGAGGGACCGAGUUCUGCUCACUCCUGUCUCUUGUAACAUCUCCUUCCACCCUCAGGCUGGCACCAUUUUUGUGGUCUCCUGCUUCCAAGCAACAGUCGUGGUGAUGCAGGACAAGGGAAGGGGGAGUGUGGUAGGGUGGGGUCCCACUAAUGCGGGACAAGGGUUCAAAAAUGGAGAUUAUUGAGGGGGGAGGAGGCAGGGGACAGGAAGCGGUACUGUGUAUAGUUCCCCAUGCUGACCACUAGAACAAUGGGGGGCUGCCUCUUCUUAGCCCAAGAUUCAUCCUUGACCAUCCCUCUUGAUUGCUGCAUAUCAGUUGUCCUUGGGCCACCCUGCUUGCACUCUCAUGCAUGUUCAUGUGCACAACAUAUACAGAGACACCAUUACUGGGCGACAUAUCAAUAUAUCACCCAAAACUGUAUUGAAGUCCAUAUCGUGAUGUUGGUUUCAUAAUUUCCGACCUGGCGAUAUAUUGUGAAUCAUGAUGUGUGUUUGUUUAUGUGUGAUAUGCAAAAAACACCAUGUGAGGAAAACCGUGAAGCUAGCCAUUUCUUCUCUCGAUUCCUGCAGCCCCUGUUAAGUCUGCCCGCUCAGCUCUCUCCUGCCUCCUGCAGCAGGCAGCAAAUCACAGAAGCAGGCGCCAGCAAAAACCAUGAUGCAGGAAAAACCCUGAGGCCAGCCAGUACCUCUACAUAGCUCCAUCCUUAUUUCAGACAUCAUGAUAUAUCAGUAUAUCGCGAUGUUUAGCUGGUGAUGUAUCAUUAUGUUAAAAACCAGAUAUCGCCCAGCCCUAACCACCACCCCCUUCAUCUGAUCUGUGCGAAUUGGAAAGGGGUCAUUUAUAUCCCCAUCAGGGUGCUGGGCUGAGCAAAGAAACUUAAACUUCUCUGUAUCUACCUCAUAUAUAUAUAUUUACCAUUGGGAUCUCACAGGGACAGAAGAAUUUUCUUCGGGAUGCAAAUUGGACUUCUGAGCCAGGGGCUAACUACCCCUUGCUCUAGAAGCACAGCCCAAUUUUCUGGUUUGGGAUUCCUUAGCAAACAGGGAAGGCAUUCAUUGGAGAAAUGGGGGAUUAAUCUUACCAGCUGGUGGCUGAUUAGAGAUGAAGCUUUGAAAUCCAUCCUCGCAGAAGGGCAUUUGCCGACAGUUGUGGCAUGGCGACUUGUGCGUGUUGUGUGUUUUGGUUUUGGCAAUGUGAUGUUUGUCAAGAAACAAUUUCUUGCCCGUGUUCACUUAACUGGCGGGGAAACUGUGUCCUCGGUAAGAAAUCUCAGAAUGUUGCUUGCACUUUGGAACUGUCAUAAUAUUUAGACCUGUAGCUUGAACACACUGGCAUCUGAGGAAGCAAAGCACGGAACUGAGCAAACCGAUUUUGAAAGAUAGGCACACACACACACAAAUAUUUACGUUAAACCUUUGAACAGCAUUGCUAUACUUCAAGUAUGGGGUGUCACUUAAAGAAAGGAAGGAAGUUCAACUGCUAAAUGAUAAUUUUUUUUAAGAAAAAAGUGCAAAAUUUGGACACUUUCGUUUGAAAGGAAAGCAGUCAGCAGGAUCUCUGAUCAGAACCCCACUCCUAUUUAUUGCCCCAAAUUCCCCCCCCCAGCUGUUCUUUGCCUCCAAAGGUGUUGUUUACUACAAAUGUGGGGAAGGAAACUGACAUGAGUCCCUAUUAGGAUUGGGGCCUACUGCCACUUUUCCUUCAAAGUAACAGCAGAUAACUUUAUGCACACUUUUUUAAAAAAAGCAUGAGCAGCGUAAUGUGUUGUUUGGCCCUCACUAGCUGCUCUGGAGUCUGAAAAAUCUGCCAGAUUUUUCACAGCACAGCUGCGGCCUUUGUCUAUUCCCAGCUCAGUAAUUCCCAGCUUGAGGAGCUGGGACUGGACCUGCCGUUGGAUCAGUAGUUGAGCCAGGCUGCCAGCCUGGAUGCAGCCUCUGUUUUCCAUUCAGUGCUGGACAUGUACUGCAUUCUCUAACUCUAUGAGUUUGGCAAACUCAGUCCUAGGAGGAGAACCCUGGUAGUGGUUUAGGGGCCUCAUGUGCAUUGAGUUUAGAACCCUCUGGUGGCUCCCAGACUCUUCCCUCUUCUUUGUUUCCACCAGGUGUCCUCUUCAGCAUCGAAGUCACGUCAACCUUCUUCGCUGUCCGCAACUAUUGGCGUGGCUUCUUUGCCGCUACCUUCAGUGCUUUCAUCUUCCGGGUUCUCGCUGUGUGGAACAAGGAUGAAGGUAUGGCUCCUGUCUUCCUUCCCAGACAGGAACAUCUCCAGUGCUUGCUUCCAAACUUGUCCACUUUGGUGGUGAGGCCGGGGCGGGAACCAGGGAGUGCUGGGGUCCUUGCAGAACUGGACAUCUCUCUUGACCAAUCAUGAUGACCCCUCUGCAGAACUCUUGAAUCAAUGCAGCCCAAAAAUUGGGAAUCAGAAUAACUCAUUCAACUUGCAUUAAAAAGAAAAAAAUAAUAAGUGCUUUAUGCCUGCCUGCCUGCCUAAAAUCAAGACAUCAAACUGUCAUUCUAAAAAUAUAGAACAAGAACUGUCAGAAGAUAAACCCAGUCAAAUACAACAAUGUCCGGGCUUGCACAUCAUGAGAAGCCAUAGUUUGUUUUGCAUAGUUCUAGUGGCAAAAUUGACAGCAAAAUUAAGAGAAUCUAAUGAUGAGUGUUUUACUGAAGAGUGGAUGCCUUUUUCGGACAAUUUAAGGAGCAGAAUUUGAGCUAUGAGCAACGGAAGUAAUUAGAUUAUAAUAUUGUGGUUAUGAUCUGAUAGAUAGAAGAUAGGGUGCACCAGAAGGGGAGGGGGAAAAAACUCAUUGGAAAAAAUAAGGGAAAAGAUGGAAUUGUAUUGACUGUAGAUGUUAAAAAUGUUGAAGCUUAAUCAAAUAUAACUGGGGAUUAAAGGAGAGAAGCCAUGGUUUGUCUUAAACCAUGGUUUAAUUGUGGGCAUGGCUCUCCUACUCCCCACCUAAAGCGUGCUGUGUCAUCUGAACCCUGGCCACCGUUUUGUUCGUUUCAUCCAAACUGUGAGUGUUGAGCCAGAAAUAAGACAAGCGCAAACCUUGGCUGAUUUCUGGCUUACAAGCCAUGGUUGUUGUUGUUGUUGUUUUGGGGAGGGGAGCAAACUAUUGUCUGGGUUCAUCUGACACAACAAGCCAUUGUGUGAGCUGGGCAGCAGGCAGAAGGCACAUUUGCAAAUAAACCAUGAUGUAAGGGACGCGGGUGGCGCGGUGGGUUAAACCACAGAGCUUAGGACUUGCCGAUCAGAAGGUCGGCGGUUUGAAUCCCCGUAAUGGGGUGAGCGCCUGUUGCUCGGUCCCUGCUCCUGCCAACCUAGCAGUUCAGAAGCAUGUCAAAGUGCAAGUAGAUAAAUAGGUACUGCUCCGGCGGGAAGGUAAAUGGCGUUUCCGUGCGCUGCUCUGGUUCACCAGAAGGGGCUUAGUCAUGCUUGCCACAUGACUUGGAAGCUGUACGCCCGCUCCCUCGGCCAAUAAAGCGAGAGUCGGUCACGACUGGACCUAAUGGUCAGGGGUUCCUUUACCUUUACCGAAGGCAAACCAUGGUUUAUUGUGAUGCAUGAGGCAGACCAACAUUGUCAAUUCUAGAUCUGUUUGUAAGAAAAUCCAUAAUGGCUGUUUCAAAACAACAACAACAACACAUUGUGGGUUCCUAGGGCCAGGUAGAGAAGCCUAGGGGCCACAUUCCCCCCACCUCUUGUCCUAGAGACCUGAGAUUGGUCACCCCAAACAAACCCUUCUCUUUCCCUCAGAAACCAUCACAGCUCUCUUCAAAACCCGCUUCCGACUGGACUUCCCUUUCGACCUGCAGGAGCUGCCGGCCUUUGCUGUCAUUGGGUGAGUCUCGUAGGGUUUCUCUGGUGCCACCCCACACUUCCCUCCGUCCUGGCAGGACCCCUCCUCCCCACACUGAGGCCUUCUUCUCUCCUCCUCAGGAUCGCCAGCGGUUUUGGCGGGGCACUCUUCGUGUACUUCAACCGGAAGAUUGUCCAGUUCAUGCGCAAGCAGAAGGCCAUUAACCGGUUCCUCAUGAAAAAGUAAGACACGACGGCUGCUGGACACAUGGGCGCCUUGUCCUGAGCAUGAGUGGGGCCCCAGAGAGGGCAGUGGAGGCCCAAGGCUGGCUUAGUCCAGCUGUGUAACAGAUGGGGUCAGGCUGGAGAUGGAGGUCCGAGGCCCUUUUCGUACCUACUUCUGAGUUGAUAUUUGCAUAACUCAGCUUUCCCCAACCUGCAUGUUUUGGACUACAAUUUCCAUCGUGCUGGCUGGUGCUGAUGGGAAUUCUAGCCCAAAACCUCUGGGGGACCCUGGCUCGGAAGUAGUCUGAUAAACUAGGGAGGUUCCUAUGUGGGUGAGUGUGGGGCACAUUUUAUUUCAAGUGGUGAAUGCAGCCCUGUAUGAAAUGCUGCAGAGAGUCGUUCGUUUAGUCUUUUAGUCGUGUUCGUGACCCCAUGGACCAGAGCACGCCAGGCACUCCUGUCUUCCACUGCCUCCUGCAGUUUGGUCAAACUCAUGCUGGUAGCUUUGAGAACACUGUCCAACCUUCUCGUCCUCUGUCGUCCCCUUCUCCUUGUGCCCUCCAUCUUUCCCAACAUCAGGGUCUUUUCCAGGGAGUCUUCUCUUCUCAUGAGGUGGCCAAAGUAUUAGAGCCUCAGCUUCAGGAUCUGUCCUUCCAGUGAGCACUCAGGGCUGAUUUCCUUCAGAAUGGAGAGGUUUGAUCUUUUUGCAGUCCAUGGGACUCUGAAGAGUCUCCUCCAGCAUCAUAAUUCAAAAGCAUCAAUUCUUCGGCGAUCAGCUUUCUUUAUGGUCCAGCUCUCACUUCCAUACAGAGAGUACACUGUUCUAAUACCGCUUCCACCCAGCUGCAGGGAAAUUGAGGCUGGGGUGGGGGUGUUUCCCUUGCCUGCCUCUCCCCCCACUUGCAUGUGCCUGAAUCCACUUUCUUUGCAUGGACAGUCGCAGAAUACUGACCUCCCCUGGUCCUUAAGACGGAAGCCUGCUAAUCCGCCAAGGGGCAGCUGCUUCCCCAAGCAAGCGGCAAUGACCUUCUGAGCCUCCAAGGGUUUGCCAGCCUUGGGGAGCAUAGUUGUGCCCACUGUUUGUCUAUUAUUAUCACCUGUCGCAUUUACAUCCUGCCUUUUCCUCCCAAGGAGCUUGAGGUGGCGUUCUUGGUUCUCCCGCUCCUCAUUUUAGGCUCACAACAACCCAGUGAGGUAGAGUCGGCUGGCCCAAGGUCACACCCAAGGAGAGCUUUGUGGCUGAGUGGGGAUUUGAACCCGGCCAUAGUCCGAUGCUCUAACCACUACACCACGCUGCCUCUGUUGGGGGGGACGUGCAGUGGGGCCACUCUCUUUUUUUAACCACUGCUGUCUGUGACCUUCCAGGCGCCUGCUGUUCCCCGCUCUCGUCACGCUUCUCAUAGCAACACUGACCUUCCCACCUGGCUUUGGGCAGUUCAUGGCUGGGCAGGUAAUUUGUAGCUCUUGAACAUUAUUAUUAUUAGUAGUAGUAGUAGUAGUAGUAGUAGUAGUAUUUGUUAAUUGUAUAUACCACCCUUUAUCAAGAGAUCCCAGGGUAGUGUACAGCAUUAAGAACACUUCAUGUAGCAUCAAUAAUAAAAAUAUAGUCAUAAAAAAAUAAUAAUGACGGUCUCUCCCCCUCCCUUGACUCACCUAAGAAGAGUAACUUGCAAUUCUGGGCUGACGGUACCCUGUUUAUUUAUUGCUAUGAUCCACUUACAGGCCACUAAACUAUCUGUAAGAUAGUUUAAUAAGUACUGGGGGAGGGGUGUGUGGAAUAAACCUCUGCAUCAAAUGAUGUGGGUGGCAAAAUACAUAAGUUGUAUCCAUAAGCAUAACGUAACAUAAAUAAAACCAGGGAGAACUACCAGGCAGUAUAAGGUAAGAUUUCAAGCCAUGCAACAUACUGUACUUUUCCAUGUAUAACACACCCUCUAUUUUGGGGCACUCAAAAUUAAGAAAAUGGGGGGGGAAGAGAUUCCUGAAGUUGUUAAGCUGGGGGUGGGUCAGAGUUAUUGAGCUUUUUUUCAGCGGAGAUGCCAAAAAGCGCUCACCUGCCAGACCGACAAAGCAACCUAUCCUCUUUCCCAUCGCCAAAUAAAGCAGCAAAUAGCCCGCCCAAUUGCUGCAGCGACAGCGAAUCAACAACAGCCUUUGCCGCAGCCACCAGUAACAAUCUCCAACUCGCGGCAGCAACUACUCCCACGGCCCCACAAUGUAGAAGACGACACCUAAUUUUGAACAUGAUUUUUUAAUUUUAAAAGAUAGUCUUAUACAGUAGAACCUCGGCUUACGUUACCCUCGGGUAACGUAAACUUUGGGUUGUGAAAGCGGCAAACCCGGAAGUAUUUUUUCCGGGUUUGGCCGCAUGUGCAGAAGCACUCGUAUCGUGCCGCGCACAUGCGCGGAACAGGCACCUCUGGUUGCGGAAACCUCAGGAUCCGACCAGAGCGCCGGAACGCAUCCUGUCCGCAACUGGAGGUACCACUGUACACGGAGUACGGUACAUGCCACCGUUCGCCCGGUGUCACUUCGUUUCACACAACUGGUACAACAUUACCUCUGUCCCUAAGGAAGACUGCGGUGUUAAGCCUCUUCAGUUCUGUAAACACACAGCCAGAGCUUACGCUUGCGGGCAGACAUGGCUCCCUUCUCGCCCCCUGAUUUCUUCCCCUUCUUCGCCUCUCAGCUCACGCAGAAGGAGACGCUCGUGACCCUGUUCGAUAACCGCACGUGGGCCAAGCAGGGCCUGGCUGAAGAGUUUGAGUACGUGGGCCCCUCCGAGGCCUGGAAGCACCCACGCUCCAACGUCUUUGUCACCCUGGUGGUCUUCAUCCUCAUGAAGGUGCGUCGCCCUUCCCCGUCACCCCUUUCUUCCGGUCGAAUCAUAUGAUUGUAGAGUGGAAAGGGACCCCCAAGGGCUAUCCAGUCCAACCCCCAGAAAUGCAGGAAUCCUGCCCCUACAGCCAUCCCUGGCUGGGAUCGAACCGCCAACCUUCCACUCAACCGCAAGGUGCGCUUGACCCAUUGUGCCACUGAAGCAGUUGCCAGCUGCAGGGACCACGCUGUCUGUAGCAUCCGUGAACAAGAGCUUUACUGGUUACCUUCCUGGGACUCAGCUGGGCUGAGUCACCAAACAGUUGCCCCUGGGUCUUCAGGGCUGUGGUACACGAGACGCUGCUGAGGGGUCUAGAAAAUGCAAGCAUAUCUUCCGUUUCCUGCCCACCCUCUCUUCUCCUUCCUCUCUCCCUUCCCCCUGUACUAGCUGAUUGCUUAAGUGCUGGAGUCAAAACAGCCUCUUCUCCCUUUCCAGAUAAAACCUACCAGUAGGGAAUUCUGAGGACUUCUCCAUUUCAGACUGCAGCUGGUUCCUUCAACCACGCUGCUGCAGAUUAGUCCCCAGGCACUCGGGUCUCGUUUGCUGGUUCCCAAACUUCCCCCAACGGGGACCGCUGGAAAAUUGCAGAGGUUUUCCUGCCUGCUGUGGGAAUUGUAAUCUUCAGUCUCUUUUUCUGUCCUGGGGUUUGGGCCUUUCUCCUUUCUUCUCUCCCCCUCCCACAGCGCUUCAGCACAAAGAGGUCACUUGGCUUCCACCGAUAGGGCAUUCCUGGUUCUCCCCUCCUGAUAACAGGCUCCUGUCUCUUUGUCCUCUCCCCAGUUCUGGAUGUCAGCCUUGGCCACUACCAUCCCAGUGCCCUGUGGAGCCUUCAUGCCUGUCUUUGUCAUUGGUGAGUAGGAGACCCUAGAACUUUCUCUGUGCUUCUGUGCAAUGACCCUUAACUCUUGCCAGAAAGGAUCAAGCAGCCUCCCUUGGUGGCCAAUGGGAACGGGACAGAAAUUCGUGCCAUUUGCAUUUUAAAAGUGACCCGGCCUAAUUCACACUUGCCAGACCAAUAAGCAAACUGAAACGUAGCUGUCCUUCAGAAGUUGCAGUUCUGCAACCAAUGUUUGCGUGUGAAAGGUGCAUUUAACAGUGAAAAUGAUUCACAUUUUGCACACAAAAUUCCAUAUGUUGGGAUAAAUGGCACAAAAUUACAUAUAGAAAAUGCAUGCAAAUUUUUAUAUGAACUUUGUUUAAACAAAAAAAUAGGCAAACUGAGUUUCCUAAGGUUGGAAAACUGAUACACUGAGAGUAACCAAAAUUGACAAAUAUUCACCCACCCUAGUGACCACUUUUGACUAAAGCUACUUGUGGUGACAAGGUGAUACGGAAGGGCGUAACACAAGAUUACCCAUAAUUCCUUUGUGCAUACUGAAUAGCCGUUUCUGCUCUUGUUUGUCCUGGUCCCAAGUCCUAUAUCCCCCUGUUGCCAUCUCCUCUGUGGAUUAAAAAAACCAAAACACAUAUGGGGUUUUAUUUUACUUUAUUAUUAUUAUUAUUAUUAUUAUUUUGCAAAACUUAAAGAGCCAGGAAGAUUUGCUGGCAGGGACAUGGACAUCCUAACUUCUGCAGUAACUCAAGUUGCCUGUGGGCUCUUGGUGCCUGGAUUUUUGCACAUUAUUUUUUUAUCAUUUAUUUAUAUAUUACAUUUAUAUACUGCCUUCCGCCAAAAGAUCUCAGGGCAGUUCACAAGAUAAAAAUACAAAUAAAUAGUUAAACCAGAAGCCACAUAAAAAUAACCCCCCCUGCACAAACACAUUUAAAAGGCCGUAGCGUAGAAGAUUAAUCAGCCAAAGGCCUGGUUAAAGAGGGAUAUUUUUGCCUGGCACCUAAAGGUGUGUAAUUAAGGCGCCAGCCAAACCUCCUUGGGGAGACUGUUCCCCAAAUGGGGAGCCACUGCAGAAAAGGCCCUUUCUUUCCUUUUUUUCAAUAUGAUUUUUAUUAAAUUUUCUGUUUUACAAUUUCAGAUAAAUAUUUUACUUACUUAAGAUAUCACUGACUUCCCCUCUUCUCUUUCCAUGGUUCAUUUUGCAUAUUGUAUAUCCCUGCAUAUUUCACAAAAACUAUAUGAAUCAGUUUUCCAUUAUUGCAUCCAUCAGAAAUUAUUUACGCUGUUGAAUUUAUCUUAAUGCUGCCAGCGUUUUCAGCUUGCACACAAUUAUUUCCCGUAUAUUCAAUAAACGUUUUCCAAUCUUCUUUAAACGUAUGUCAUUCUUGUUCUCUUAUUCUGUGUUAAGUCUGCAAGUUGUGCAUGUUCUGUCAACUUAACCUGCCAAUCUUCUUUAGUUGGGACCUUGCUCAUUUUCCAUUUGGGGGCUAACGAAACACGGGCCGCAGUUGUUGCAUACAUAAGUAACCUUUUCUGACACCUGGGAAUUUCAGUCUGAAUUACCCCCAACAAAAAGGACUCUGGGGGUGUGUUUUUUGGGGGGGAGAAGGCCCUUUCCUGUGCUGCCACUCUCUGGACCUGACACGGAGGAGGCACGCAAAGAUAGGCCACAGAUGAUGAUUGCAGAGUCCGGGUGGGUUCAGAGUGUUUCUCUGCUCUUCUUCCAACCAUACCUACCCAAAUCCACCUUUGGACUCUGCCCCUGUCUCUCUGGGCAGGUGCGGCCUUUGGGCGGCUGGUGGGCGAGAGCAUGGCGGCAUGGUUCCCGGACGGCAUCCACACCGACAGCAACAUCUACCGCAUUGUUCCCGGCGGCUACGCAGUGGUGGGUAAGAGGCAGCUUCUCUUGUACCACUUCCAAAAACUGGGAUGUUCAGCUGGGGGUGGGCACUCCCUCAUCGAAAGAGGGUCAGGGCGCGGUAACAGGAGCCCAGAUGGAUCAGACCAAAGUCCAUCUUCUUUUCCCACGUUGACCAACCUUGUGGGCAGCCCACAAGGAGGGCUUGAGAGGAAUAACCCUCUCGGGCUGUUUUUCGUUUCCUAGCAAGUGGUAUUCAGAGCUGCACUGCUUCUGAUCUUGGAGACAGUGCAUGUCUCCUUCUGUAAUCCUCAUAGAACUCUAGCCCAACGGUUGCCGUUAAUUUGACUCUGAAUUGAUUUUAGAAUCGAAUUGAUUUUAGAAUGCAUUUCAAUUAACUGAUUGUGAUUUUAUGUGAACUGUGUUAUUUUUACUGUUGUUAGCCGCUCUGAGCCCGGCUUCAUCUGGGGAGGGCGGGAUAUAAAUUAUUAUUAUUAUUAUUAUUAUUAUUAUUAUUAUUAUUACUACUAUUAUUAUUAUGCCAGUCACAGCUGGGAGCUACUGAUAGCCUUAUCCAAGGUGAAUUUUGACACUCCAUUCGACUUCUGCAUGACCUCUUUGGCACAGGAGCCUUUGAGAAUGAUAGGAGCUGAAACAGAGCUUCUGGAUCCUUUCUGAGUGUCUCAUUCAAACUGUGGAUUUUCAGACAUGGGCCCCUUCCUCCACCACCACCUCUGUCAAGAACAGGGUGGCAUAGUGGUUAGGGCCUGGGCACUUCCUGGUGAAGAUUGUUAAGCCACUCUGGGAAGAUGGCUCUCCUGACAACUCUCAGACCCUUAGCAGAACUACCAGUCCCAGAAUCCUUUGGGAGAAGUCAUGACUGUUUAAGGCGGCAUCAUCAUAGUAUAAUGCAGGCAUAGGCAAACUCGGCCCUCCAGAUGUUUUGGGACUACAACUCCCAUCAUCCCUGACCACUGGUCAUGUUAGCUAGGGAUGAUGGGAGUUGUAGUCCCAAAACAUCUGGAGGGCCGAGUUUGCCUGUGCCUGGUACAAUGUGUGUAUAAUGUGAAUGCAGCCCACGCCUCUGCCUCUCCUUCUGUCACCAUGGACCUUUCCACAAACUGCAGCAGUCCAGAGGUUGGGAGUGGGGCCUUUGAGCAGAGUGUGUGGAAGCUCAGACGCAGGGGCCAGAUGUGGCCCUCCAGGGCCCUCAGUCGCUCAAGCCUCUCCACAAACCAUGCCCUCCAUCAGCCCUGCUUCACUCUUUCCUAGAGCGUCCCCCCUCCCAGCUGAAGCUCUAAUAAUUCAUAUUGGUUGCCUGGGUUAAGAACAGAGAGGAGGGGUGUUUUGGGUGGGGGUGUAGAAACUAGCCUGCUGUGCAAAGGCAAAAUUUGCCUGGGUUGCCCUGCCCACUUUUGCCCUUGGCCCCACCCAUCCCUGACAUGUGGCCCCAGAAGAGAGGGAGGGCGUCGGUCUCCAAAAAGCAUUUCCUCCCUUUCCCUCCUGGAAUGCAUGAGGCCUUGAGGUGUGGCAUUUCCGCUGGGGGUGCCUCUAGGCUCCCAAGAGCCAUGGUGAGAGCUGGGCUGGGCUUGGCAUACUGCAUCCGACUUAGGCUACCCCUGCCUGGUCUUUUGGGGUGGCUGGGGGCUUUCUCAGGCUCUUGCUUGCCUCUCUCCCCUGCUGGCUCUAAGACCUCCAUGCGUUUCUGUCAGGAAGCUGUCAGCGGCUCCCGGCUGGUUGCCCAGGAAAGUAUAAAGACAAGGGAAAGUUUAUUUCAGUGUUACUGAGAGAGGCUAUAGAACCCAGCCUCUUGGGUAGUGUCGUUGUCCCGAGCAAAUCUCCACCCCCGUCUCUCCCACUUCCUCAUUCGUCUCCUCUACGGGUGCUGCUACGUUCCCUCUGUCUUUGAGCUCUUUGCUCUCCUACUUUUAAGGCUCGCCAGGUUCUGGGAGAUGGGGGGUCCGAAAUGCUUUCUAAAGACACUGUGUCAGCCAGCUUCUGCUCCGGUUCUGCCUCCUCCUCUCCCAUUAUUUCCCAACUUUCCCCCUCAUCUGCCUCUGAGCUGGGACCUCCCGAAAACCCCUGUUGUAAAUCUAUACUGUCUUCCUCUUCCUCCUCCCUGGAAGGGUCAGGAUGAGGGGAGGCGGCCUCCACUAUUCCUCCUCCUCCUCUGCCCAGUCCCUGACAGUUUCCGAGGCAUCUGAGCGGACGGUGCCCUUCACACCUCACUCCCGUUCUUAACCCCCACCAGGUGCAGCUGCUCUGUCUGGAGCUGUCACUCACACCGUGUCCACGGCGGUCAUCGUCUUUGAGCUGACAGGCCAGAUCUCCCACAUCCUGCCAGUCAUGAUCGCAGUGAUCCUGGCCAACGCCGUGGCCCAGAGCUUACAGCCCUCUCUUUACGACAGCAUCAUCCGCAUCAAGAAGUUGCCCUACUUGCCAGAGCUGGGUUGGGGACAUCAGGAGUAAGUGUGCCUCUGUGUGUUGGCCUGGUGGCUGUCAGGGACGGGUUGGACGCAGAGGAACUGUGGGAGGAACCAGCUGGGGAACCCCCAGAGGAAGAAGGCUCAGAGCCCGGGGAGUGGUGAUGGGUUGACGGUGAGCAGUCAGAGGGAGAAGUCUGGGAGGAGGAGGAGGAGGUGUUGGGAGCUGAAGAGGCAACAGGGCUUAGUGAGCUGGGAGACUCUGUGGCAGAGAGAAGUGCAGAGAUGGGUCAGGCUUCCUUCAGCGCCUGUUGUGUAUUGCAGGAAGUACAAUGUGCGCGUGGAGGACAUCAUGGUGCGCGACGUGCGCUACAUAACCCUGAACUGCCGCUACCGUGAUCUUCAGGAUGUGCUGCAUGGAACCAAAAUGAAGAGCUUGGCUUUGGUGGAAUCAGCUGGUAAGAGAGAGGCAAGGCAGAUCCUCAUGAAUGUCUUUCCAGAGGAGUAGCCUCUGUGUUGGUCUUUUGCAGCAAAAAAUAUAGUCUUCUGGCACCUUAAAGACUAACAAAUAGAUACAGUGGUACCUCUGGUUACGAACCUAAUUCAUUUUGGAGGUCUGUUCUUAACCUGAAACUGUUCUUAACCUGAGGUACUACUUUAGCUAAUGGGACCUCCCGCUGCUGCCAGCGUGCGAUUUCUGUUCUCAACCUUGGGCGAAGUUCUUAACCCAAGGUAUUACUUCUGGGUUAGCGAAGUCUGUAACCUGAAGUGUUUGUAGCCUGAGGUACCACUGUACUUGGGUAUAUUUAUCCUGGAAAAGAGGAGACUGAGGUGGCAUGAUAGCCAUAUUCAACUAUCUGAGGAGUUAUUACAUGAAGAGUGGAGCAAGCUUGUUUCAGGAAAUUUUUGAUGUCUAAUGUUUUACAUUUUUUUAUGUGCUGUAAGCUGCCUCGAGUGGCUGGGGAAACAAGAUGGAAAGCCAGCCAGAUGGGUGGGGUAUAAAUAACAUUAUUAAUUCUUCUUCUUCUUCUUCUUCUUACUACUACUACUACUACUACUACUACUACUAUUAUUACUAUUUCUUCUGCUCCAGAGGGUAGGACCUCUACUACUACUGACAGUAAGAGCUGUUUAAUAGUGGAACAGUCUUCCUCGGGAGGUGAUGGACUCUCCUUCCUUGGAGGUUCUUAAGCAAUGGUCGGAUGGCCGUCUGUCAUGGAUGUUGGGAGGGGUUGUAAGAAGUGAGUGAGAUCCUUGUUUCCCCCACCCUCAGCAGGCAGGUUUGCCCACCUGUCAGCUACCUGAUAUAGUGACUCGCAGGCCAGAUGGGGAGACCCAACAGGCCUGAUUAAGUAAUUGUUGGGAGAUUUCCCACCAUUGCAUUAAAUAGAUGCCAUUCUUCUCAUUCUGGAACCUGCCAAUUUCACGUCCAAUUGGAACAGAAAUUCUGCUGCACGAUGGGCAGGGGAGGGCACAGAGUGAGUCUCCAAGUCUCCACCUCUGCUUCAGAAGCCAGACAAGCACAGCCAAGCCUCCCCUUUUUUAUUGGCUUUGUUGAGUUCCUCGUGCUUGUCUCUGCCUCUGCAAUGCUCACAUAAUGCAGGCAAAUAAUAAGCGUUGCACAUCUACAAUUGAGUGUUUUCAUCGAUUAUUUAAUUGAAGGCCUCUUUCAUGGUGACAAAUUUAGAUCCUCCAACUUCUCCUGACGCCUCUUCCAAGGCAGCUGAUGUAAUAGGCUAUUUUCCUACACGUAUCGAUUUAGUGAGUCGGUGGAAUAGUUACCAAGAUAAUUUGGCCAAAACGAUAACAAAAUCAGAGCAUUCAGGGCCGUAGCUGAACUGGAAACAUAACUGGACCAGAAACGUUUACUAAUCCAAUCACUGUCAGUAACGCAGCAGUCUUUUCAAAUCCCUCUCAAGUUUGUUUGUUUUGCUUUUGUUUUCACAUGGAUGAAGCUCCAGCAGGUUUUUGCACCCUCAGGCACUGCCUCCAUCCAUCGUACACAUUGAGCAAACAGGACUUCCGUAUAUACAUUUUCUCCAUUACUUGCUGGGCUCUUGGUACCCUCAGCUGCAGACACCUCUUUGGAGGGACUCUGGAAAUGUCUGUGGCCACUUAUCCUGCUAUGUGGAAUCACAGAAUCGUAAAAUGAUAGAGCUGGAAGGAACCCCAGAGGUCAUUUAGUCCAACCCCCUUCAGUGCACAAAUCUCAGCUAAAGCAUCCAGGACAAGUGGCCAACCGACCUCUGCUUCAAAACAUCCAAGGAAGGAGAGCCCACCACCUCUUGACUGUCAGAAAGUUCUUCCUGAUGUUUAGUCGGAAUCGCCUUUCUUGUAACUUGAAGCCGUUGGUUUGAGUCCUACCCUCCAGAGCAGGAGAAAACAAGCUUGCUCCAUCUUCCAUGGGACAGACCUUAAGAUAUUUGAAGAUGGCUAUCAUAUCUCCUCUCAGGCUCCUCUUUUCCAAGCUAAACAUACCCAGUUCCUUCAAGCACUCCUCGUAAGGCUUAGUUUCCAGACCUUUUAUCAUCUUGGGUGCCCUCCUGUUCCAGCUUGUCAAUAUCCUUCUUAAAUUGUGGCGCCCAGAACUGGGCACAGCAUUCCGGGUGUGGUGUGAGCAAGGCAGAAUAGAGUGGUACUAUUACUUCCCAUGAUGGAACCACCCUCGAGGUUGGUCCAGAGGCUGCAGCUUGUACAGAGCCAGCACCUAGGCUGUUUGUAAGAGGAAGCCACUGCUGAUCAUCUGCUACUGGGCAAACUCGGAGGCAGAGCAUAACCAUCAGGAAUUUGGUGAUCAUCACUGCCUCCUGUGGGAGUGAGUUUCACUCUGAGCUGUGUGAAGAGGGGCUUUCUUUUCUCUGUCCUGAUUUAUUUGGCCUCAUGGUUGCAGUUUUUGACCGGUGUAUUUGCACGAGGAGUUCUGAACCUUGCUAGGAUUGCAGUUUUGCGGUUGCAGAACCUCCUCUUCCAAUAUGUGCAUUCUGGGGGCCUUUUUACAGACUUGCCUCCAAAAACCUUCUUGGCAAAGUGACUAUGCAGCAGCACCAUCCUCUCUCUGCCCCCCUUUCAUCCCUCCUGCCUGCCACCUGUUGCUCCCUGGGAGAUGCCAUUGUCAUCCUGCCUGCCUGGGGCUUGAUCCUCUCCUCCCAGCUUCAUGCCACGCAGCUCCCCUGCUGCGACAUCGAUAUCUUCCUGCUAGCCACAGCUAUCAUUUACAGGGCUACCGCAGCAACAGGGACAAUGCCGUGUUGUCAUGGCAAUUUGCAAAGUUUGAUGGGGAGGGAGUCAAAGCCAACUGAUUGGAGCCAGGCCCUGAUAAGCAAGAUAAACUGGCAGGGAAUGCAGGUGUCUUCUGUCCUCCAUCUAAAGACCUAGAAGUUGUGCUGACUUGCCACACCAAAAAGCAAGACCCCAGCUGUGCAUUGCACCCACCUCAUGGUUCACUCCCAGAAUCCAUUUGCAACAAGGCAGCGCGCACACAAAGGCGCAGUAGCAAACAGCAACUUCCAGUCAAAGCUUCUGCAUCAAAAUAGUUGGCUGUUUCAGAGGCAUUUCUGAGGUAUUGUGGUUCAUCAGAAACUACCAGCGUAGCAAAGCGAGGAUCAUGCUUGAAUACUCGCUCCUGUUACCAAGAAAACAUUGCAUUUGGACAGCUAGCCCCUUUCAGGAGGGCACUCAUAAAUUCUCCCGGAUGACCCAUACCUUUCUAUGCACAGGGGUGUUAUUCUGUGUGUGGGUCUGAGGAUUUCCCUUCAACAUGGAGCACCUCCGCCCUCCCACACAAAUUAGCCCUGUCGGUAGAGCGUGAGACUUGAUUUCAAGGUGUGAGCUCGAGCCUAAUGUUGGGGAAAAGAUUCCUGCAUUGCGGGGGGUUGGGCUAGAUGUCCCUCGGGAUCCCUUCCAAUUCUAUGGUUCUAUGAAAUGCCUGUAUUCUGAAGUGGCAGUGUUCAGUGAUGCCUGCAUGGGGCACUUUACCAAACAUUUGAACCUGGUGUCGAGGCUUCAGGGAAUCCUAUCCCUCAAGAAGCAGAAAAAACAAGAAGAGUUCUUACCAAGUAGUUUAUUCAAUAUUCACAGAGAGAAACAAAGGAAUGUGGUCUCUCUUAGAUAAUGGUGUUGCUCCAAGUGAACUCCCACCCCCUCAGUCACUCCUAUUCUACGACAGCCCUGCGUCUGUGCUUUCUGCCUCUGAGAUUUCUUUUUUUUUAAAGCGUUUAUUUAUUUUUCAAUAAAAACAUCCAAUUAACAUAUCAAAUCAGAUCCAAUAAAAAUAAAAAACUAAAAUAAAAAAGGUCCAAUUGUCUUCCAAAUUGUAAUAAUUUUGUUUUGACUUCCCACGGUCUGAAUUUCGAAGCGCAUUCAACAUCAUAGUCCUGCCUCUCAUCAUCCUCAAUGUUAUUCAUAAUUCCAUGUCCGAUUUUUCCCUUCCACAUUUUGACUCUGGUUCUACGAUCCUCAUUCAUGUCAGAAAGCCUAUGCUUUUUUUUUCCUAUGGAGUGCAGAUUUGUCCAUAUAUUGUACUCCUUCAGCUGUUUUUUCAUCGCACCGCUUCAUUUAAUUGCAUCCAAUUUCAAAGUUCUGUCCAGCUCUUUGAGAGUUGUUAUUUUGGCAGCUCCCAGAUCGUUAAUCUUUCCCGUCCAGGUGUUAUCAAAGAAACAGAGAGAAAUUUCCUUCUGUACCCUCCUUGUUGAUUUAUCUUAAACAGACUGUUUGCAAUGUAGCCAUAUAUCAGACAGUUAGCAAUUGGCCUUUGGAAUCUUCCCAGUCCCCCCUCCGGGCCCUAGAGGGGGGCUGCCAGACAUCCAUUUAGCCCUCUCUCGCUCGUAAUCAAAAAAACAUCUUUUUGCAAACAGUUGUAUAUGUAAUAUUGUUUCCAGUCUUUAUAACCAACCAUCCGUUAGCUCCUGUUUCUCUUAAUCAGGGAAGUAUUUCAGAUAUUCAAUAACGACGUGGUGGGAGACGCCAUUUUGUCCUUUAUCCUUUGUUUUCGUCUUUAACAGACAUUUCUGGUCUUAGAAGAGAAGUGGCUGCGAGUAGAUCCCAAUUAUAUAUGAAAGUCCAUCUGAACUCACUUUUUGAAGAGCAAUUUAAGUUCUUAAUGAGACUUGGCAUGCAUUACGGAUUGUUGAUGUUAAGGAUAAAAGAAUGUUUUUUUACAUACCAAGCCCCUCCACAUUCCAAACGUCAUGAUGAGGAUCUCUUUGAAGUUCGAUCUUUUGCACCAGAGACUGUACAUACUGCAGGUUUUUUCCAGCUUCUUCAAUUCAGAGCGUGUCUGUUUGUUUUCCAAAUCUUUAUAUUUUCCCAAACAGAUGCGUCCGGCUAUGGGGUGGCGUCGCAGGAAUGUCAGCCGUCCCUAGCUCCGUGACCCAGUGCCCCUGCCGUCUGCCACAUCGGCAAUCUGGGGCAGACCGCGGGUCAUUGAGACAGUCCUCCCCUGCCCUGGGGAGGCUGCCAGGGCUAAUUACCCCCAUAUCAGCCCUGAAUUAUCGGAACGGCUGAAGUCCGAUUGUGUGGGAUCAGCCAUUUUCCACCGCCGGAAACAGGAAGUCUCAAUGCCUGCCUCUGAGAUUUCUGAUCUGCUACUCUCACGGCACUCCUGGUUGUGGGAGAGGGGGGAUUAGGAAUGUUUUCAAGAGACACUGAGUCUGUUAGCUGUCUGCCCCUGGUGCUUCUUCUUCCUGAUGCUCCCCCAAUAUUUCCCAGCUUUCCCCCUCUGCUUCCUCUGAACUAUGCCCUUCUGCAAACCACUGCUCUAAAUCUAUACUGUCCUCCUCUUCUCUGGAAGGUGCGGAGAGUGGGCAGGCGGCUCCCACCAUUACUCCUCAGUCCAGCCCCUGACACCUGGCUAGCAUGAGCACCUUUGGAGAUGAAGGUGUUUUAGAUGGGAAGCACCCAAUGUCACAUUUCAGGUGCCUCCCCCAACACAGUCAUGUGCAAAAUUUGGCCUUGCUGUUUCUCCUUGCGGAGGCAUGUUGCCCGUAUCUCAGAUGGAGAAGGUACCAAAGUUGUACUUCAGACAAGCUGGCAGUGCCCUGGGAACAGGAAGCAUUCGGGCUUCCUCUUCAACCCACAACAUCUCACGCUGUCCUUGAUCUCCUUCUGCCUCUCCCCUGUCUUGUCCCCUAUCUCUGAAUUAUUUUUAAAAGCUUGCCAUUUUACCAUCAAAGCACACACCUGGUCUAUUAGCAAAAAAAUGGCUUCUCGGCCCAGAAAUAAGCUCAGCCUGGUUUCCCUUGCCUCUGCAGAGUCCAUGAUCCUUCUGGGCUCCAUCGAACGCACGCAGAUCGUGACCCUCCUGAGCGAGCAGCUGAGCUACGCACGCCGGCUCCACUACAUGCGCGAGAAGGCCCAGGCCGACCGUCGAGCCACUGAGAAGGUUCCAGAAGGCGAGGAGGCGCACCAGACGCCUGACACGGGUGUGCGCUUUCAGGUGGGCAAAGACCCUGGACAGUGUUGUUGUUGUUGUUGUUGUUGUUGUUGUUGUUGUUGUUAGCAUUUUGGCAAGAUAUGCUCAUUGUUGAGGGCCUAUGUUGAUUUGUAGAGGCAAAGAGCAGACGUAACUGAGGAAUGUAGCGUCAACAGAAGAAGCAGCCCAUGUUGUCUUGAGGUGGCAAAGCAAUAGGGUCCAAGUCUUGAUCCCUUUUGUAACGCCGUCCCUUUUUCUCCCUCAACACUCAGAUCAUCACCGAAGAAUCCUCCUUUGUCCCGCCGCGAAGUGAGUCCCGUAAGCCCCUGAAGCCGGCACUAAAGCGAGCCUCCAGCACUUUAUCCGAGAGUGUCUCCAGUGAGUCCUGUGUCCCCCUUUAGCCCUACGGCAGGGGUCAGCAAACUUUUUCUGCAGGGGGCCGGUUCACUGUCCCUCAGAACUUGCGGUGGGCCGGACCGCACGCAUGCGCCUGCAGUCACACGCCUUCCCUCCGGCUAGGGAGGGGGCACCCCGCCAGUGCUGGGUCUCGGUUUGCAUGGAGGGGCCGCAGCCACCCCUCUGGGAAGGGCCCCUACACCAGGGUGUCCAUCCUCCUCCCUCCUCCACUCCCACCCCUUUGCUUCUCCUCCCUUCUCGGAGCUAGACUUCAACAAGGCGCCCUGCCCUGUGCCCCAGUUGGAGCAGUGAGGUUCGGGAAGGGUCGCCAUUGGCCGCCAGCUCGCAUCAAACUGGCCAGUGGAGGGGAGGCCUGAAGUUGCUAAGGCUUUGGAUUGGUCAGCGUCACGGAAGUCUGAGCAACCUUGGAGCAUGCUAGGAGAUGUAGUCCCAGGAAAGCGCCUCUCUGCAGAGCUAAACUGGAGCUAAACUGGCGCGACGACUGACUGAGUGGGUGGCAGGCGCCACGGGCCAGAUUUAUGACCCUGGCGGGCCUUAUCCAGCCCCCAGGCCUUAGUUUGCUGACCCAUGCUUUACAGUGUCCCUUUCCAGUGAGGCCCCUCUGAUGUUUGACUCUCUCUCUCUCUCUCUCUCUCUCUCUCUCUCUCUCUCUGGGCAGCUGGGACUGUGGACCCCCCAGGCAUCGCUCUGAGGAGCCUUUUUUGCGCUAACAACACAACAGCAGAGCCAGCUGAGGUGAGGCCUCUUUCCUCCCCACCCUCCACCCCACCAUGUGCCGCGUUUGGGUCUGUUUCUGGGCAGAGGCUCUUCUCUUCCCCUGGGAAUUAUGUGCUAGCCGUCCCACUCCCAUAAUUCCUCUCUCUCUUCCUUAUUUUCUCCCCCCUUGGUAAAAUAAGGAUGAGAAUUCGGGCCUGCCUGAAAAGCGCAAGUCGAAGCGUGUCCGCAUUUCCGUGGCGGUAAGUGUGGGCCACGCCACGUCCAUGCAGCUCCCACCCAGACAAUCACAGGGCAGGAAGCCUUUUCCUCCCCCAAAUGUGUCCAUCAAGGCCUGGGACUGUGCUGAAGGUUUUUUCUUUCUGUUUUGUAGUGCCAUGCCCCCCCAACAACUGGGGCCUGCCCAAGAUACUGAGAAUAAUAAGAUUCCUGUUAGAUCAGGCCAGUGGCCCACCUAGUCCAGCAUCCUGUUCUCACAGUGGCCAACCAGAUGACUGUGGGAACCCAGAAAGCAGGAUUCGAACACAAGAGCACUCCCCACUCCAGGCUGAAGCUGGAGGCAGAGAGUACAGACGAUUACUCCCUUCCAUCACCGCUCCCCAUGUACAUGUCGGUGGGUGGGUGGGUGGGUGUUGUUCCACUAAGGUCGAACAAUGAUCCCGUACAAUCGUCAUUUGAAUUAAAUGUGAUUUGCACAAGAAAAGUCCUGCUUCCCUAUGACUUGGGACCCAAUGACGCUUGGGGAGCAACAGGUCCAAAAUAGACAAAAUCUCCCUUCCCUCCUCCCCAAAGUUCUAGCUCAGGGUUUCCCAAACUUGAGUCUCCAGCUGUUUGAGGACUACAAUUGACAUCAUCCCUAACCACUGGUCCGGCUAGCUAGAGAUGAUGGGAGUUGUGGUCCAAAAACCCAAGUUUGAGAAACCCUGAUCCAGCCACUCCCUUAGGUGAGUUUUUAAAAGAAAAGGAAAAGAAUCCCCCCAAUUAACCACAAAAGUUUAAAAAGAGAACAAGAACUCUUCUCUGUGAAUUUGCGAAUCACUGUCUGGUAGUCCUGAAGUCUGAAUAAAACCUCCACGUUCAAGCACGGCAUAUCCGUGAAUACUGUUGGAAGCAGAAUGCUGGGCAUGGCUGGACCUUUUGGUGUGAUCCACGUGGGCAAUUCGUACAAGGGAAGCAAGGUGCAGCGUUGGUCUGGAGUGAACCCAGGAUUGCUCCCGACGCUGUAUAAGAAAUAGUCCGAGGCCGCCGCUCCUUCCUUGGUUGACUGACAGGUGAAAUUAUCUAGUGCCACAGUGUGAAAGCAGGGCAACGGCACAGCCAGAGCCUUCAGCACAGUUCGGCCUCUUGUUUUGAUUCAUCUUUUCUCUCUUAGUGGCGCACCCCCCCAAAAAAAAAAUCCAUACCCCCCUCCCAUUUUUUUACAAACUAACUGAUUUAUAUAGUGAUCUUCUGGAACAGCCAAUCAGAAAUCUCCAUCACCUUCAUCCUUGCUUCAGAAUCACUUGUUUCCCCAGCUAAUUCACGCCUCUUCCAACUCCUGUAGUGAAAUCCUGCAACAUUGAGAUGAUUUCCUCGAUUCUGUGUGAGCUUCCAGAAAUAACAUGAUUUGGUUGGGGUUCAAAUUAUCUUGUUGGGUUGUUGCUUUGGCCACCAGUCCCUCGGUUUUUACACCAACUCAGCUUCUGCUGCCUGUUGUCUCCCCACCCACCUUAACCGAGAAGCACCAGAAGAGAGGCUGAUCUGAUCUAUUAUUGAAGAGCAGGAAUCCUUUUUGCUGCCAAGAUGUGUGUUAAAACCAGAAGCUGGUUCAGCAAACCACACAGCUAAGUGUGUAUCUUAACACUAAGGACUUUUGAGGUGAUGGGGAAGCCUCUGGCAGUGGUUUGCUCAGCUUCCCUGAAUUGUCACAGAGGUCUGACAGCUAGAAGGGCUGCCUCUUGGCUGAAUUAUCCUGGCCCCAAGUCUGGACCUGUGCAACGCAAACUUAAAAGAGGCGUUCGCUCUCCUAAGGAACUCAGGGAACUGUGGUUUCUGGUAGGUUUUUCUUAACAGUCUCUGACUGCCAUUUGAAGAAAUGCCCUCCUCCUAGAGAGAGGGGGCCGGGCAGGGCGAAGGACCCCGGAAAGGAAAGAGAAAAGAAAUGGGGAGCUAGGAAGCAACCCCAAGGAUUGACAUGCUAGAGAGCUGAGAAAAGGGGGUCACAGCUCCUUAUAGAGACUACCCUCAGUGACAAACCAGGUUUCUCUGACACACAGCAUUUGGGGUGUCUCUGAGGCCUAUCAGUCUGCACAUCAAGUAUAAAAGGUAAAGGACCCCUGGACAGUUAAGUUCAGUCAAAAGCGACUGUGGGGUGCGGCAUUCAUCUCGCACUCAGGUCGAGGGAGCCGGCGUUUGUCCACAGACAGCUUUCUGGGUCAUGUGGCCAGCAGGACUAAACUGCUUCUGGCGCAACAGAACACCGUGACGUAAGCCAGAGCACACAGAAACACCGUUUACCUUCCCGCGACAGCAGUACCUAUUUAUCUACUUGCACUGGUGUGCUUUCGAACUGCUAGGUUGGCAGGAGCUGGGACAGAGCAACGGGAGUUCACCACUGUCGUAUGGAUUCGAACUGCUAACCUUCCAGUUGGCAAGCCCAAGAGGAUCAGUGGUUUAGACCACAGCGCCACAGGCGUCCCUGACCAAGUAUACAAGAAGCAUUCAGCUUGAGGGGCUUGUAAAUCCUGAGCAGAAACCUACCUGUCAGACAACGCCAAUCUUACAUUGCUGUGGGGAGACAAGUCUCCAACUUAAAAGCGUAGGAAUAUUACCACAUAAAAGGCUUUGCAUGGUGAGAACUGAUAUUUACCACACUGAAGAGUCAGUUCCAGUAUAGUAAAUAGCAGCUUUUUCCACAGGAGGGUGCCUUCAGGCAAUGUAUUCACUAUGCAAAAGCAGCAGGACAAAAUUCACUUUGUGGUGGCAUUGCCCCAUCAGAAAGUAAUGUAUGACUAGGGCUCAAUUUAAACUGAAAUGUGCACAGAAGCCUUUGAUCUCAUUGCCCUCGCAAAGCUGGGGUGCAUAACUCUUCUUUGUCACCUGCUACCCCUGGAUGCCCAGAACUUUUCACACCUUGGGCCUCGAUUCUGGACUGUUAAGAGCCUCGUAUUCUUCUGGAGUCAAGUUCACUCCCUGCCCCGUUCACUCCAUCUCUCUGUUCUUCCUUGCUCAGCUCCUCCCCAAUACCUUCCCAGGGUGGCAUUGACAAAUGCGGCUCCUUUUCUCCCUCCUUGUAGGAUGAAUAUGAAGUAGCUGGCGAAAUGACCCCUGCAGAGGUGAGUACCCAUCAUUCACAGGCCCAGACAAGCAAAGAGGCCUCCCUAUAGUACAGAGCAGGUGGAUGAUGACACAGGCCCCCUGUGUUGAAAUUGUGCUGCGCCCUGACUUUUGCCCUCUUGGAGGGCUAACUCCUUGUGCCCCUAGAGAAAAUAACCGCAAAACCCCAACAUUCCAAAAGAUGGCAUAUAGCAUACAGCUUGGCUGGCUCGAUUUACCUGGGUCAGUCACUGGCUCUAGUUUUUACUCCCCAGCCAAAGGAAAUCACAUGGCAGAUGUGAUUGUUAAAAGUGGACACUUACCGUAGUUUCCAUGGCUCCAAAUACCCAUGCACAGUAGCCUAGUGUCUAGGCAGCUAUUCUCAGGUCUGAGCUCUAUGGUGCAGUUGCAGCAACCAGUGUCACUCCUCCUCCAGCAGCUUAAGUAUCUUCCCCAGAUGUGCCGUGUGCAUGCAGCCAGAGACUAUGCCUGCCUGGAAGCGUCCUCUGCUCUUCCCUCUUUGAUCCCCUCCUGGUUCUGGGACACAGUGGUGUGGGAGAACGUGGGGAAGCACCCAGCCCUUCCCUUGCCUGAACUGCCUCUACCUCGUCUUCCUCCAGUGAUCCACCCUCCAGCUCUCAAGCUUCCUUUGGCUCUGACUCUGGGCUCCUGGCUGUUCCCCACAAAUCACUGCCCCCCUCUCCUGAGUCAGACUCCAGCCCGCCUUCCCCCGGUGCACCCUCAUCAGCAUCCUGCCAGCCCCCUGACCCUGUUGGCGUUUGGCUUUCUCCUGCUCCCCGCUGUUCGACAUUGUGGUUGGGAUCUUGUGGGCUAAUACCAGAACUGAGGGCCACCCAAAUGAAGUUGAACAGCGGGUGAUUCCUGCCAGACACAGAAGGAAUUGCUUCUUCACUGUGCAGCCAGGGCGUGAGGAACCUCAGGUCCACACCCUGAAUGCGGCCCCAAGCAUCUCUUUCUGGCCACCGAGACUCUUCCCCAGGCCACAACCCUUGCCAGUCCUAGCCCAUAUCCUCCUUGAAUGCCUUUGCCAGGCUGGAACGUGUCCUUAAACUGCCUCUUGCUUGCCUAUAUGGACACAGAGAGAGAGAUGUGUUCAGGUUUGUGUGCAGAAAUGCCUGGCUUUUGUGCUGCUGAAGUGUGAACCUUCUAUAUGAAAGAGCCUCUUUUGUCUCUAGCCCUGCCCACUUUCGCUUCUGGCUCUGCCCACCACUUGCCAUAAAGGUCACACAUCCCAUUAGCCCAUGAAAGGUUAAUGCAUUGCAGGGGAUUGGACCAGACGGCCCUCAGGGUCCCUUCCAACUUCACAAUUCUGUGAUUCUAGGUGGUGGUGACCCCCACCGUGGCGAGACUUAAAAAGUCAUGUUCCUGUUCAUGGCUGCUGGCCAUUGCGGCUGCAUGCCGACUGCAGGAACAGCAGCUGCAAUGCUUCUGAGCACUGAGCACCAUUCUCUAGCAAACAGCAGCAGAGAGAUGGGCUGGGUGGUUUCCUUGGAUGAAAAGGAGGGGUAUAUAUAAAAUGUAAUGAACAGAAUCUGGUCUGGCUUACAAGCCUGGCAGCUACAGGCUCCUCCUGGCAGACAUGCUAACUUGGUUUGUCACCUUUCAGAUCCUGGAAUGGGAGGAGCAGCAGCUAGAGCAGUUUGUCAACUUCAACAACAGCAAGAUUGACCCAGCACCCUUCCAGUUGGUGGAACGCACUUCUUUGCACAAGGUGUGUGUACAUUGCGUGUGUGCGCUCCGAUUCUGCAAACAUACCACACCCGUCCUGAAUUUGCUCUACCAAAUUCAGCAUCCUGAAAACCUCCAUUUUCCUGUUCUUUUUUUAAAAGUUACUAGCCCUAGUUGCUGUGAAAAUGGCUUAGAACAUUUCCUUGCAAGGUGUCGGAGGUCCAGGGAGGCUUGGCCUGAAUAAGAUUUCAGAAGGGGCACGACAAAAUGCUCCUAUGAAUACCUCCUUUCUCCAGGUGAUAAAUGGUGCACAGCUAGAAAAAGAUGUGCAAUAUGUAGAUAGAUGAUAGAUAGAUAGAUAGAUAGAUAGAUAGAUAGAUAGAUAGAUAGAUAGAUAGAUAGAUAGAUAGAUAGAUAGAUAGAUAGAUAGAUAGAUAAGAUAGAUGAUAGAUAGAUAGAUAGAUAGAUAGAUGAUAGAUAUAGAUAGAUAGAUAGAUAGAUGAUAGAUAGAUAGAUAGAUAGAUAGAUAGAUAGAUAGAUGAUAGAUAGAUAGAUAGAUAGAUGAUAGAUAGAUAGAUAGAUAGAUAGAUAGAUAGAUAGAUAGAUAGAUAGAUAGAUAGAUGAUAGAUACACACACACACAUAUGUGCAGAACAUGACAAAAUCCAGGGUAUAGCUGAGAAAUUCCCCAUGAUGCUAGGCUCAAGAGGCAAGAGUUGGCUGGGGUGGGGUGGGGGGGUGAGGAAUGCCUGAGCCUUGGAGGGAUGGGUCCUUGUCAAUGAUUCAGAAAUAUGACUUGCUGGGGAGCCCUGUUCUGGUGCUGGUGGUUAUUUGCUUGUUAAAUUUUUCUGUGUUGCCUGCCUAGGCAAAGCCUUCCCAAGGCAGCUUGCAUGCAUAAAUAAAACAGGAAAACCAAAGCGCAUUGCUCCAAUAAAACUAAACCAUCAAAACAACAGUUUGAAAACAUUUCACAGCGCAGCAGAGCGCUCAUGUAAAAGCAGCUGAAGCAACUGGAAACCCUUUUGAAUGGCAAAACUGACAUGACAAAAUGUAUAUCCGUUGGGAGUUGCACAAACUUAGAGCCACCACUGAGAAGACACUGUUUCUUGAUUUGCUCUUAAGGGCAGGCCACAAACAGGGCCUUUAAGGCCCAGACAGGUUCACACAGAAGCAGACCGGUUUUCAAAUAACCUGCCCCAAAACCCAGUUUAGGCCUCUAAAGUAAACACCAAUAUGCAAAAUUAGAAACCAAGAUGAGGCAGAAUUCAAGGAGGAUUGGAGGACUUUCGUAGAUUUUUUUAAAAAACCACUAUUGUAAAUAUGUUAAAAUGCAAGUGGCUUUAGAGUAAGAACAGCAGUAAAAUAUAUGUUUGAAAGUACUGUGGAGAAGAUAAGGUAUACAAUAAUAUGCAUUGUAAUUUUGAAAAUUAGGGAAACCAUAGAGGGAUUUGGGGUAGGGGAGUUCAAAGUUAAAUGAUUGUAAAUCGGAAAAUGCUGUUUUAACUCUGUGUGUGUGUGUGUGUGUGUGUGUGUGUGUGUGUGUGUAAAGGGGGGGGGAAUUAACACCAAUACUUGUAGUUGGGCUCGAAAGCAUGCAGGUAAUUGCUGAAACUUACCAGAAGAGUAAGAAAUCAAGAUAACAAACUUUUUAUAAAAGAAUGGAAAUGGUUUAUUAAAUAUUUACAGAUAAAUUGUAAACAGAUAAGAACAUUGGCAGGAUUAUUGUAAUAACGUGCAGUUUCAUAAGAGUAUAUAUUUAAAGAAGAUGAAUAAAUGAGCAAAUUAAGUUAACUUGGAUAUGCAGAAGAUAUUAAAAAUAAAUUUAAGGAACCGCAGAAAGAGGGGGAAGGAAGUCAAGCUUUGAAAUGUCAAAAUGAUUGUAAAAUUAGUGAAAUGUAUAAACUUGAAAAGUAAAAAGAAAGAAAGAAAGAAAGAAAGAAAGAAAGAAAGAAAGAAAGAAAGAAAGAAAGAAACAUGCAGGUAACCAAUGCCAAAGGUCCAUUUAGUCCAACAUCCUGUCCUCACAACUGGAUGCCUGUGGAAAUUCUGCAGGCAGGACCCGAGUGCUACAGAAGUAGAAUGUAAUGUCUUCCAAGAGAAUCACCUCCAGGUGCUUCCAGGUGGCUAUGUUCUGUACCAGUUGAAGUUUCUUCAAGGGCUGUCUCAUGUGGAGCGCAUUGCAGUAGCCUAGCCUGGAUGGUUUGUCAGGGCAGGAGUCACAGAAUUUUGGUUCAGUCCUAGAUACUGAGAUGGUGGAGCAAAGGAGUAUGUGAGUGAUUGCUGCUGAUUUUGCUUUUGGCUCUUCCAGACACACACCAUAUUCUCUCUCCUGGGGGUGGACCACGCCUAUGUCACCAGCAUCGGGCGCCUCAUUGGCAUGGUGUCCCUCAAGGAGGUGAGUACUCAGUCUGGGGGUGGGAAAGCUUAAGAGGACUUCCUUUCAGUCCUAACAUGCAUGGGCCCCCUCCAACACACACACAGUGGAAGGGGGUCUGCCGUCUAAUCCACCCCAGAUGCCUGAGGGUAGCAUCACCCCAGUGGUUUGUUGGCAAUAACUGGGAUGGAGCAAAAGGUGGCCGUGGCGAGGCAGGGACCUUCAGUCUCAGCAGCCAAUCAAUCCAUGAAGCCAAACCUGGGAGAUACAAGUCGCUGUGCUCAUUAGGCCUGACACGCCUGUGCAAAUCCUGGUUCUGCUAAUAAAGAGUUAACACCAGCUUGCUCAGUGUGAUUUAUUGCUGGCUCGCUCCUAUUACCUGGUUGGAGAAAAAAAUGUGGGAUAUAAAUGUCGUAAAUAAAUAGUAAAUAAAUCAAUCUCUCCCUCCCUUUCCCUCCUCUUUCUCUCUUUCUCCAGUUGCGAAAAGCCAUUGAAGGCUCGGUAACCGCCAAGGGGGUGAAGGUGCGGCCCCCACUGGCCAGCUUCCGGGACAGCACGACUAGCAGCAGCGAGACAGAGGCCACAGAAAUCCACCAGCUGUGGGACCGGCGAAACAGGCACUCCAUCCCCCGCGAGUCCAGCCCUUCGGAGAGUGACGAGAAAUGCCAGUGACGGCGGAGGGAGUCUUGCUAACCGGUUGGCGGAGAAGCCAGCAUCGCCACUCCACGGCCGUUUAGUUCCGGCCAGAGUCUUCCCAGGGUCCUUCGCUUAGCGUUCCAACCCGGGGACCCACUACUGCCCCGAGAGCCUUGCGAAAAGGCCUCUCGGCCAGAAAACCAGAGCAGCUUCAAGGCCUCACCGGGCACGAAGCCGCAAGCCCGUCCCUGACCUGUUCUUGCUCUGGAGGAGAGGAGGCGGCAGAACAAAUUCGGAGCUGAGUGAGAGGAUCCUGCUCCUCUCGUCAGCCCAGAGCUCAGUGGGACCUAGACGUCUGAGAACGGCAAGUCCUUCAUCCUGCGCCUUGCCUGAUGUUGAAGUCACACCUGUGCCACUGUUGGGGUCCUGUUUUCGCUCGUACACCCCUGCAGUCCCUCCCACGCUGCCAUUAGUCUCAGGGCUUCCUCAAGAUGUUUGUGGGUAAGAGGGUAUCGGUUUUACAAAUGCGCACACACAAAAUAAGUAAACACACCCCCUCCUACCUUUCCAUUGGCCUCACCUCUACCUUAAAAUGGGAUCCAGUCAGAUAGGACCAAGGAAAUUGUGAGCUGAGGUGUUCAAACCCCACCUGGUCGACCUCUGCUUCUUUGCACAGGUCACUCUUAACCUGAGGAGUGGGGGGCAUAAGACACUUGAAGGAGCCACUCCUGCAAGUAGGACUAGGCCCAAAAUCCAGUUGUCCAGGCCAUUAUCACCUGCCUUUUCCUUUUUUGCUUACCUCUGCUCUCUCACUGCCACUCCCCACCCAUUUGCAGUCCAGUCGGUGAGUCCUGGGUCUCCAGCUUAGGGACGUCCGAAUGUGAAAACAAUGCAGGAGUGGGGGAGCCUGUGUCCCCCCUCCCCAAAGUUGCUGGACUACAACUGCCACCACCCUUGACCAUUGGCCACACUGCCUGGGGCUGCUGGAGAGUUCUCCAUCCUUGAUACAACGGAUAGGCUUUCCCUCACUUUUAUUAAUGAUUUUUACAUGGGUGAACACACUGGAUCUCGAGCUACUGAGCCUUUGGGAGCCUCUUCCUCCCUCUCUUCCCCACUGCCCCCCAAUAAGGACUCUGAACUGCUUUACUUUCCCCACCCCCCUCUCUGGCUCCCACCCUAUUCUUGAAUCCAGAGGUGAGGAGCGGUGAGUGGGGUUGGUACCUGACAUGUAAAUACAGAGGGUUUUUUUAUAUUAAUUUAAUAAAAAGAAGAAGAGAGAUUGCAAAUAGAGCUAUGAAAUAAAACGAACUAAUGAGUGUCUGUUGUCUUGUGUAAGCCACGUGGUACUUAUGGGGUGUUAGGGGAGGGGUAGUACCUCUGGUGAGGGGCAUGUCGUGCUUCUUCUGGGGCAGUUUGCCCACUUUUGGUCGCCACACUGCACUCAGCUGUCAACAUGCGGCAGCGGCUCUGCCCUAGGAAUGGCUUUGACUGGCUAGCUAAACUAGGUGAAGACAGACAAUGGGUCUCAAGCCCUCGGUGAGUUAGGGACUUCCCCUUGUAGGGAUGUGUAUAGAAACUAGGAGGAUAUAUUUCUUAGAUAUUAGCCCUCUUUGUGUUUGUGAGUUCAGCAGGGUGCAUCCCUUUGUCAGCAAAAACAAGGAAGCUUUAGCCUUUUCAUUUAAGUAAUCCAGGAAGCUUUACUGCAGACUGGAUUUCCUGUUAUUUCCCCUGUUCCUCUCCCUUAAAACAAUAAACACGCAAAACACUCUUCUUGUUAAGUAAAGAUCAGUUUACUCACCCGGUUUCACAGUAGCAGUCUUGAGGCAGGCUUAAAACAGAACCACAGUCGUACCUUGGCUGUCGAACUUAAUCUGUUCCGGGAGUCCGUCUGACUCCCGGAAAGGUUUGAAAACCAAGGCGCAGCUUCCGAUUGGCUGCAGGAGCUUCCUGCACUCAAUCGGAAGCCGCAUCGGACGUUCGGCUUCCGAAAAACACAUGCAAACCAGAACACUCACUUCCGGGUUUGUGCCGUUCGGGAGCCAAAACAGCGUUCGACAACCAAGGUGCGGCUGUACAGACAUAGUUUAGAUUAGGAUUGGAGUCUGAGCUGUGACUCAGCACGCAUCCUGCAUCCCUAGUCAAUGAUGAAGCAUCGAAGAGAUCACAUAGCAGGGAUCAGAGAGAGAGAGCAGGCUGGGCACAGUGGGAGUGGCACUCUCAGAGAAUUUCCUGUAGACCCUGGGAGAUCCAACUUCCUCCAUGUGUGUGCUUCUCUAGCAAUCAGAAGUAGUCAGUUUUGAUUGCCUUAUUUUAGAUAUUGCACACCAUUGCAUGAGAAUACAGGCUCUGGCAGAUUGCAAGGAAGAGACCCAUAGUGUCUUGGGGGUGCCACAUGCCAGUGCUUCACGCCCAAAACUUGCCCUAUGUGGAAAUCCCUGUGUCCUCAACUCUGGCUUGUGGAGCCUUAACCUGGAAUUCCCUAAUACUUAGCCACACGCAAAGAAGAUUCUAAGUAGGCUAUUUUGGCAAUAAACCCACCCACCUUUGAAUUUAACCUGCAGGUUUUUAGAAAUGCACAUGGCACCAGAGGUUGGGGGAAGAGAGAAGGGACUGAUGGUGAAUUGCGACCACAAUAGGGGUGGAGUGUGUGUGUUUGUGCGGGGGCGGUUUAAACCUUUGCUCCCCUGCUGCAGGUCCUGAGGAAAACCUGCUUCCAGACCAAGGGAGCUUGACCGCCUGUUUUAACCCUUUCACGCCCACCUACCCUCCCUCCUCCGCCAACAAGCCCACCCUGGUCUCUCCGGAGAGCCUCCUUAACCCCGAAAUUUUGGGUCCCCUCCAAACCUGUGCCAAAGUUUUGUAGUCGUUUCGAUUACUCAGUUUUGGGAUGCCUGGCAUAACGCUCGCGCUACAAAACCACGACGAAUCCUUG